AUGACCCGAUAUUGCGGCCUGUUCCGUCGCCUGCUGUCCGGGGAGAGUAAGGGCGAGCAGGCAGAUGAGGAGGAGGGCAGCGCUCAGAGGGAGAGCAGCCAGCAGGGUGAGUCCUCCCUCAGGCUGAGAAGGAAAUCUGCUGCUGAGUGAUUUUAGUUUAAAAUUAUUUCUCCCUCCAUGAUCAGUGAUGGAGCAAACACACCAAGCAGGUCAGCUGUUGGUGUUUUUUUUGUCUUUGUGCCAAAAAUGUAAUGAAAUAAAUCUCUGCAGGAGCCAAAGACACGUCUUCAGACAGGGCUUUGUUUGCUGAAUAUGUGCCAAAUAACCGCAGACACAAAAAUAUAUUAUAAGUGUGUUUUAUCUUCCACCUGUUGCAGAUAUUUCCACAGUGACAAAGAUUUGAUGUAUGAAUAUGUUCGUUUUCAUCAUAUAGAUCUGCACAAACACACCUGCAGGUGUUUGUUUGCACAGGUUUUGGUUCAUGUUCUUGUUACAUCAGAGUUUGCAGCACAAAGAAACAUGCAAAUUUUUCUCAGUGACAUGCAAACACACACAAAUAAUUUUGACUCAGUGCGGAGUGAUGCGUGUGUGUAGAUGUGUGUGCGUGUGUUUUCGUCAGCGUAACCUUCAUGCAGGCUGCAGGUUACACUGAUUUAACAUUUUUAAACCUGCAGAGAUCUAACUGAGGUUAGCAUGGGAAUGUUAGACCUUCUUCAAACUCCAGAGUAUUUUAUUAUCCAGCGUCUGUCACCUGUGGACUCGAGUAUUUUUGAACAAAAGGUGAGAAGAGGUGAAAACCAAGUAGAUUUACUUUCCAUGUGUUUAAAUCCUUGACAAGGGGUGUCCCGAUACAAUACUGAUAUCGGAUUGAUAUCAAGCAGUACAAGGAAAACCAGGACAAAUCAACCUUCACUAAAUAUGAACAUGGCAGAAGAUGAUACACAGAAUAUUUCAGCUUGAAUGACACAGACAUUUUUUUUUGUGAAGAUUUGAUCCAAGACAAUCUUACAAAGGUGUACCAAGGCUGCUUUUUAUAUUUAGGAAUGACUGUUUCACGUUAUUUUACACUUUCAACCAGUUUCUGCUACAUAAUCUGCAGACAGUGCUGAGAGGUUUAUAACCUAAUGAGUCAGAGCGCCCCCUGCAGGAUAAACUACUUUAUUUAAAGUAUUUGACUGGAAGAUAAUGGUCAAAUUAGCAAGAAGGUAAACAGAAAGGUAAAAUUAUCAUAAGCAGAAUUUUGAUUUUUUAUUUACAGCAAUGAAAUAUCGCUCCUCCUCCUUGCCCUCUCUGGGGUCAAUGUCGAGUAUAAAUAACAGUGUGAAUGUCUAUGAUCAGAUCUUGAUGUCUCACACCUUAAUCUGCUCACCAAUAUCUCUUUACACUCACAUUUAUACACACUCAUGUGCUGCUCCAUAAAACUUGACACUAUAAUCCUUCACUUAGACCACACAGUAUGUAAAAACACACACUGUAGUUUAUGAUAGGAAGACUGUGACUCAAACCUCUUUUAUAUUGACCGACAAACAGAGCAGCAAAGGUUCAGGGGCUAAAUGUUGUUAUACACCACUUUGCAGCAUGUUUUGGUCCACUGGGGGGCAGCAGGGCCUUCAAACCAGCUGUAAAACACUGAGGUUUGCGAUUUUAUCAACUUAUUAUGAUGUUUUUGUGCAAACAGUAUCCCUGAGGGAAUGUGCUGGGAAACCAAAACAAGGGGCCUUAAAAGGCUGAAAGGAAACAAACAGCAGAUGUGUUUUGUUGGCUCACUUGACCAAAAAUUAUGGACAUGAAGAAGAUGUAGGUGAAGGUGUGGAUUAUUGCGUGGAUCAAUGUGUAGGUGCAUGUAGAUUAAGGUGUAGGUUAAGGUGAAGGUGUGGGUGUAGGUGUAGGUCUAGGUGUGGAUUAAAGUGAAGGUGUAGGUAUGGAUUUAGUUGUAGGUUGUGGGUCUAGGUGUAGGUGUGGGUUAAGGUGUAGUUUUGGUGUAAAUGUGAAUUGAGGUGUAGGUUUGGGUUGAAGGAUACGUUUAUGUGAGGAUUUAGUUAUAGGUGUAGGUUUAGGUGUAGAUUCAUAGGUGUAGUUGUCAUGGUAUUCGAAGUCAAAGAAGAUUAUGAAUAAUUUGUGUAGUUUGACUUUUUAAGUCCUGAACAUACUCAUAAACUCACUGAACUCCACGUGUGUUAGGCCCAGGGGAAAAAUGUAAAAAGUUGGUGAAUUUCAAUGUAGAUGUGAGAAAAGAUUGCUUGAUAGCGCACACGCUGAAAAAAAUGGCUGUUUUAAGACCAUUUCUUAAACAUUAUCUCCUUUGAAAGCACUGACCCAAUCCAAUCCUCCUUAAACUGUUAUUUUAGAAGAGAGAAAGAUUUAGUUUUCCUCCAAAGGCCUGGUCAAAAUUAGUUCUUCUGCCUCAAAACAGGAGGAAGUUUUUUAGCCUCCAAUCUGAUCAAAAAUCACCAUAAAUAAUAGGGGUCAGGAUCUGAACACAUUUAUGUGGUAAAAUUUCAUCCCAAACUAAGAACUAGGCAAAGGUAGACCAGCAACUCCUGGAUCUGGUAAAGGUAAAACAGCUGUAUCUAACAAUCUGUGUGUGCACAGAUAUCCUGGACAGUUCAGCUCUGUGCUCUUUACUUUGAUUCGAGGUGCUUGCAAUGUGCAUCCAAAAAGACCAAAAACCUCCAAACUGAAGUAAAGAGAUUGUAAGUAAUUUUCUUUGGAUGGUUUUCAAAUAUCUGCUACACAAAAGAGGAGAUUUGGGGAUUUUCUAGGAUAGCAAUGGCAGUAAAUAAAGAUCCUCUCAAAAUGAGUUUAAAUGACGUCUGAAAUAAUAAUCUGCCAGUUUCUCCACGAUGAAAAUAUUCAUAGCUGCAGUAAAUUCAGCCUCCCCCCUCCUUGUGCUUGUCUCAGCAGAAGUUUAGGAUUUUUCCAGAGCGCUGCGAGUCAACAGCAUAGGGAAAAACAUUUUUAGCUUCUUGAGCUGAGAGAGAAACAGAAUCAGACUGAAAUAACCUGCAGCAGGCCGUCAGAGUCUGAGUGUGUCUGACCUUGAAGCUGAAGUCUCAGAUUUAUUUACAGGUUGAAGUAUUUCUGUCAGAGCAGCUGUGUGUUUCCUCUUCUCUGUCAGCUGCUCGUAUAUCUGCAGACUCACAUCUUAACAGCAUUUACAUCAAGUCUGAACGUAAAUCAGGGAGUGAAAGACUUUAAUCCUGCAGGUGAGGAGACCUUUACACACUUUAAAUCCUACAGAAGAAAAACUGAAGAGGCAGCGUAACGAUUAUCCACUCUCACAGAACCUGAGGAUCUUUGAGUGUUUUCAAUCACCAACUUUAAGCAGGUUUGCAAGUUUUUUAAGGGAGUUUCAUGAAAAAUUCCUGAACAGGAAGAGUUAGAGGAGCAACAGUUAGUCCAACAAACUCAACAGUCUGAUCACAAUUAGAUCCCUCUGUUUCCUCCCUGCUGUAUAGGGGCUAGUCCAGUCUCUUUGACUGUGGUGCUAAAAUAGAUAAAGCUUUACUAAACCAAAGUUUAUAAUAUACUGUAAGUUACUGGUCUGUGUUCAACAGGCAAUAACUAAGUAUUCAUCUAAACUAAUACUGUUAAUGCAAACUCUCUUUUUGAAUACUUUAUUAUAAUUUAAUUUUCAACAUUGAAUUUCCCUUUGGGAAUAAAUAGAUCUCCUGUAUUGUAUUGUAAUAGAUAUUAGUCAGUUUAUUUUUAAAGAGUAUUCCUGUUAUCAAAUAAGUAUCAUUAUAGAUCAAUAACGAAUCACAUUGUGACCCAAUAAAACAAACUGAUCUUUUGGGGUCUUUAAAUGCCCGACUCUGCUGUGAACCAAAUCCAAUAAAAAAAGAGAAAACUACAAAACUGGAACUCCUGGAAAGUGUAAAUCAAUCAAUCAAUCAAAUUUUGUAUAUAGCGCCAAAUCACAACAGUUGUUGUCCCAAGACACUUUCCAAAAAAAGAGCAGGUCUGGACCACGCGCAUUGUUUGAUGAACUACCAAGACCCAACCUUACAAAUGCUGAAGCAUUAAAUACUUUUCCAGGGAUCCUAGGAUAUUAAUCAGUAACUGGUUUUGUCUCAGAAUAACUUUACACUGCAUUGAUACUGACAUUUUUUUCAUGGACUCCUGCUUAUUUCUCAGUCUUGAUUUGAGAUUAUAAAGAUUCAAAUAUACUGUAAUGAAUGUUUUGUGGACUUGAAAUGCAAAAUAACAGUUUUAAACAUGGGAUUAAUAUUGAAAUCAAUCUGGAUGAACGGGAAAACAAACGUACCGUGAAGUCAGCUAAAAUGAACAGCCACAAUAACUGUUUUUACAGUGCUUCUUAAACUUUGGUUGAUCUGUCUCUGUGAGUUUGAUUGGUCAGGUCUAGGGGCAAAGUGAUGAAAAAUGUCUGUGCAGAAUCUUCUGGAAAAUUGUCAAAUGUCAAGAAUCACCAAUGAGGGACACAAAACAGUAAAAUAAAAUGUUUAUUGGCAAAUUCAAAGGAGACUGAUAUUUUUGCCAACUUUUCCCUACAACUACAGCUCCUCAAAUAAAAAAAAGGUGACAGGUGUGACUGAUGAAAUACAAGAAAAUGAAGUGAGAUUAAAAUACAACACACAAAAUCUAUUAAAUGUCAAAUUUGAAUGAAAUCAGCUCAUUUUCUCUGACGGAAGUGCAUCUUUUCCCAGAGGACCACUGACUCAUAUCAGGAUCUUAAACUACACCCAUCUUCAUGAGGGGUAACAUAUGAAAUGAUUGAAUAAAUAAUGAUCCAGAAACUGUCAUUUAACGUUCAUUGAUGUUCAAAUUAAUCUGAAAAUCAACCCUGAAACAAACUGAGAAGUUACAAAGAGUUAAUGUGGAGAGAGUGAUAUUUAUCCUGUCACAUACAUGGCUGGUAUCACAUGUUUAAUAUGUCUGUUAUUAUCGUUUAACCACUGAUUUUUCUUUUCUGUUGAUUUAUUGAGCUUGUGUCAGAAUUUUUAUGUAUCAGUAACUUUAAACUUAAUCCUCUGACUCAUCUGUGGAGGAGUCUGUUACUGUAGAUUCAGCCAGCAACGUCUGUCUCCCUCUAGUGGACAUUGAUGGUACUGUCAAACUGCAAUUGUGACCUGAAUACAAAUCAUCACCCGAUCGUAGAUGUUCAUUUUAAUUGGAAUUAAAUUCAAUUUCUUACAUACAAACAAUAACUCUGCAUGUUUAGAUUUUGAAAGAAGCCCCCAUUCUUAUGUUCAGCUUCUAUUUUUAAUCAUAUAAGGGGAAAAUAUCUGAUCUCACUGGCACACUCUAGGCUUACAAUAGAAACUAAAGGGUUAAAACUGAUGCAGUAAACCUACAGAGACGUUUCAUUUUCUUUGCCAAACCCAGUGCCUACAUUACCCACAAUGCCCCCUUCCUGUGACAGUUUAGUGAAACUGCAGAUCAGAGUAAACGAGUUUAAAGCUGCAGCUGGUUUCAGAGUCAUGAAUGUUUCAGUGCAGAACAUCCAGCAUCAAACAUUCAUGAGUGUGUGUGUGUGUGUGUGUGUGUGUGUGUGUGUGUGUGUGUGUGUGUGUGUGUGUGUGUGUGUGUGUGUGUUUAAUUGGCAUAAAUUUCUGCAGUAGAUCAGCUGACUGAGGAGCAGUGUUGGCUGAGCUGCAGUUCUCCUUAUGUCCACUAGGUGGCGGUGUUUCUCCGGUCUUCUGGACAUGCAGAUGUGAUAACAGGCACAUAAAGAGGAGAGAAUUAUGUAAAAUUAAAUCAAAUAUAAAACAGUUUUCAUGUUAAAACUGGUAUUGAAAAUUAAAACAACUAGACAACAAGUUUAAUAGGGUUAACCUUACAGAUUUAGUGAUAAAUGGUGAAUUUUUAUGUUUUGGCACCAAAUGCCUCAGCUCAGCUUGAAAAUUGUGAGCUAUCCCUUUAAACGCAAUCAUUUUUCUGUUUAUCAUACACAACAGAUGUGAAAUAAUUUUUAAAAAAUAAUUUUUAUAAGAAUUAAUUUGUCGAAAUCACAGGACAUGUUUACCUUUUAACCAGAGACAGCUGGAACAACCUCCCUCCUUAAACCCUUAAACUCUUCAUACCCUUCAUACAAACACAAAACAGAGUUAACAUGUAAUUAUUACCUAUUUUAUGAUUGAUCAGCUGUAUGAAUUUAUGUCCUGCUGUCAGUUCGAACCAUAGAACGCUUUAAACGCUUUUAUGUUUUUAUGCCAUAAAAUGGUGGUUUUGAAGCCACAAGAUAAAACUAAUGAAAAAAAAAAAACCAAUCCUUUAUUAAAUUACUGACUCCUUUUAAAAUGUGAGAUUAUUCCUUUAAAGAGGAGGCUGCGGGGAUUAUUUCCACACAUGUUUGUGAGUGUUAUGAAUCAUCAGAGUGAUUCUUACAUAAAAAUAUGUUCUGGAUGUGUUCGGCAUCAAACAAAGAGGUGAAAUAAUCUAGAUUUUGUUCAGCGUGUGAGGCCGUGUUCAUGCAGAGAGCGUCUUUGUUUGGUUUGAACAUCCAGCUGCCGCCCACACCGCUGUUUGAUACUGCGUUUAACACUUUGUGAUUUAUUUUGGGUUCAGCUGCAGGAUUUCAGCGAGGAGAGAGCGGCAGGAAUUUAACAGAGACCAUUUAAAGUAGAAGAUAAUUUUUAGAUGAAAAUUAACAAGAAAACUCUCCGACAGGAAAUAAAGACUGAAGUGUAAAAAUACCACAAAGAGCUCUUCAGACCAGUCCCAUCAGUCCCUGUUAGCUCUGAUGUUUGGUGGGAGGACUGUGACAUGGCAGUUCAAUGGUCUUGUGGUCGUGGAGCUGUCCUGCUGACUUUCUGCUGCCCUCUGAUGAAGCAGUUUGUCUAUUGAUCAGUAAACAUACCUGAACUGUACACACACACACACACACACACACACACACACACACACACACACACACACACACACACACACACUUACAGGGAGAAUCCAGGACUGAAGGACAGGAAAUCCACAGUGGCGGCAUCACAAUCGAUCAUACGGCUCAUUAACACCCCGUAAGAGUGUGUGUUUUCGUGAGUGUGUGUGUUUUCAUGAAGUCAUCAGUCUGACAUUACUCAGCAGUUAUUCUCAGGGCUUAACUGUAGUCUAGUCCUCUAAAAGAAAAACUAUGUUUUAAUCUGAUUUAAAUGAUAGUUAUCAAACCAACAGGCCAAAAACUCUAAAGCAGACUUGGGAACUGGGAUUCAGCCUUAGAGACAACAUGAUCUCAGUUUAGAGACUCUUUCAGGUCAAAUGGAACCAGUUUAGGUGGUUCCAACAAAGAGGAGACCUGAGGUAGAACCAGAACUCGCUGAGGGGGAUAAUAUCCUGUCUGACCCGGUAGGACAGGUGGAACAGAACUUCAGAUAAAGAAUUAGAAAGGUUGCUAGAGGGCUGAUGAUUGAGCUGUCGUAAUUAGACCACUGCUUCCACCACAAAUAGGCAGGCUGGUUGGAUGGACAGAUGGAUGAUGAAUGGAAAGAUGAUUGCCUGCUUGAUCAUUGGUUGGAUGUAUACCCUAAUAAAUGUGCAUAAUUGGGGAAAUAAAAACACCUGCCCUUUAUUCUGAGUCUGUAUACAGAUACAGUAUUAAUAUUGGUACAAACACUGAUUGAGUUUUGAAAAACUGGCAUAUUAGAUAUUGACAAACAUUUGACAUCAUGCACCAUCAAUCAUCUUUGUUUGAAAUUUGUUCAGAAAGAGCAGGUUGUUUUUUAAUCGGUAUCAUCACAUAUUCCGGCUAAUAUGGUUAUUUUUAACAGGCUGUACAGUAAAUCUGAGUAUUAUCUGCAUAAAGCAGCACCAAGUUUUCUGUUUUUAUGUGGUAUGUCUAUGAAACAUUGGCUUUUUUGGAUGGGUUUGUACCCCAAAAAGUCUUCUAUUUAUUAGCUUUUAAAAAGAUGAGAGGCAAAUAUCAUCUGGAUAGAAAAAUGUCUGAUUAGCAUGAACAGACUCUGUGUCCUGGUCAACAAAUUCAGGUGUUAAAUUUAGUAACACCUAAAUGGGUGAAAACACUUAUUUUUUCAGCUGGUGAUCAGAGUGGGUGAUGAAGAUGAGGAUAUUUGUCUUUUUCCUCCUCUCAGUCUCAGCUUCAGUCCCACUGAGCAGGUACAAAGACACAAAUACUCGACAAUAAUUAAAGACGCUGACCUGGUUCUCCUAUUGGGAGAGCAGGCCUACAUUCAGCAUGGCAGUGCGUUCACUGACACAUCCUCAACACACUCUGGCAGGGACACAGAAACAGACGCAGUUUGUGAUGUUUCCGUGGUAGUCCUGCUCCCAUGAAGGCUGCUGGACUUGUAAGGUCCACCAAUUGGAUAAGUAGGAUUACUGUUUAAGAGCAUCAAAGUGUUAAAAUGUCACAAUCAGACAGUCACUCUUAUUAGGAGAGUUUCAGGUCCCCUCGGUUGGAGCGGAUUAAACGUUGCAGUCUUCAAAACCACCAGACUCUGUUUACAAAACAACAAAUUCUUCACUUCAGGGCACAGGAGCUGCUGCUCUCAGUUUUUAUCAGUUAUUUAGUUUGUUUGUGUUUUUGUGUGACUUUUGUAUGAGUUCAGCUGCAAGACAGUCCUUGUGUAACACACGAUAAAACAAACAACUCACCACCAAAGUCUGUAGUAGAUAACAUCACCCUUGUUGUGUGAGUCAAAAUCACAGUUUUUUUCAAGGUAGUCUGGUGUGUUUGUAGAGAGUGAUGUAACAGCCAUUUCUGGUUAAAAAUAUCCCCUUCCUCUUUUAAAAAAAGGGUCUAUGUCUGUAGGAAUCUUAUCUGCAAUGUUGUCGUCAGACUCUUAAUAUAACAACCUGAGUCAAAAACAAGAACAUUUAGUGGACCUGGACUCAUUUACCUACGAAUCUUAAAUGUAAAACAGAGUACUCUUAACCACACACAAACUUCCUCUCAGUACAGAUCAGUUAUAGCCCUACAAAUCUAUGUUGCCUCUAUGUUCCUCUUUUCAAUUUUCAAAAAUUCAGCCUGACACACGGCUUACCUUGUGUUCAUGAUUUUUGCUAGACAUGGUUCAUGCCAAGACCUACAAAAUAAAUCCUUUUGCACCUGUAUUUAAAAUCAGCAGGAAGCCGGCCAUUUUAAAAUCAAUUUUUUUUAACUGUUGAAUUUAUUGGGUGUAUGUUUGAACAAACUCAUCCAACAACUUUAGUCCAAUUAGAUCAAAGUGAGGAAGAUUAAAAGUUGUAAGAGGACAAAGGGAGUGUAUAUAACUUUGAUGAAACAGGAAGUUGUUUAACUCCUUCAUACGGUGUUAGAUCAGUUUGAAGUUGCAUGUACAUGAUUUAGGUCCACCACUGAACACAUUUGUGUGCUCACUUCUCAGCCUCUUUGGUUGUUCCUCUCGAAGAAGUUUUUACCUGUUUUGUUGUUCCUCUGUUCAGUAAUAGUGCCACCCUGUGAAGAUACAUGGUACUAAUUCUAACUCAAUCACUUCCAAAUUUCACAGGUUUGAUGAACACUUUGGUCAUAGUGAUACUGCCACAUUGAACACAUGCAGUAAUGAAGUCCAUUUACGUACGUACAGUACAGGCCAAAAGUUUGGACACACCUUCUCAUUCAAUGUCUUUUCUUUUUUUUUUUAUAUGACUAUUUACAUUGUAGAUCAUUACUGAAGGCAUUAAAACUAUGAAUGAACACAUGUAGAAUUUUGUACUUAUAAAAAACGGGUGAAAUAACCGAAAACAUGUUUUAUAUUCUAGUUUCUUUAAAAUAGCCACCCUUUGCUCUUGAUGACAGAAGUACCUUGUCAGGGUUACUUCAGGCACUCCUGUGAAGUAAAAACCAUUUCAGGUGACUACCUCAUGAAGCUCAUUGAGAGAACAGCUUAAGUUUGCAGCGCUAUCAAAAAAGCAAAGGGUGGCUACUUUGAGGGAUCUAAAAUAUAAAACAUGUUUUCAGUUAUUUCACACUUUUUUCUUAAGCACAUGAUUCCACAUGUGUUCAUUCAUAGUUUUGAGAAUCUACAAUUUAAAUAGUAAUGAAAACAAAGAAAAUGCAUUGAAUGAAAAGGUGUGUCCAAACUUUUGGCCUGUACUGUAUACUAGCAUUCUCUCUUUGUUAAUGCACUGUCAUUAGGAAUCUGUAGGAUUAUGACUCUGUCUAAGUUAUGGCUCCACCAACUGGUAAAAGCAACUACUGCACUGUUUUAUAGAUCAAACAUGCAGGCUGCAUGAUGAUUGUACCAUGUAUUCCUGCAAAGUCACAGCUGCAGCACAGGUACAUUGUACUGCCAACCCUAUCGUGGACAAAGGUGCGAGGGCACGUUCAUUCUUGCUUGCUGCUUUAAUUUGCGGUUGUUUUGAUUCUCAAUCAUUCUUGGCAUCUGCUGGUUAAACUUCAUGAAGAUGAAAUAAAUCUGUCAUUUACAAAAAGAUGAAUAGUUAAAUAUACGAAUACCCAACUUUCUUUGAGUUUACUAUUUACACUGGUUAGACUGGAUACACUCCACCAAAACUAAGGGUCAAACUGGGAUGGAAGACUCACCAGCUGUUUCAGACUCCACUGUGAUUGGCCAAUUGUGGGGUCAAAGACAAUGUGAUGCAGUGAUGAAGUCAAGUGUGGAUGAGUCUAAUUAGCAGAGAAGAGCUUAUUAUAUAAUCCAAUUAUCAGCUGAGAAGAGGAUGAGUCACUGACAGCAAACAUGGAGUCAUCAUCUUCAUCAUCAUCGUCAUCUUCACCCUGAGCCUGUUGCAGUGGAGGGAAAAGUCACAAACUGUCACUUUUUACAAUGUUUUAUCAUUUCAAUCUCAUCCAAGCUCAGUCUAACUUUGUUUAACCUGACAAAACUUUAUUUAAAACUCUGCUGGAGACACUCAAGAUCCCAAAGACCCCAAAUAUUUGAGACCGAACUUCAUGUGAAACUCUUUUUAAAUGUUUUUAUCAGUUUAGUUUGAUGUUUGCUGCAGUUUGAACUCCUGAUAAUUCAGAAGUUUAAGACGGCAUUAUCAGAGUUACUCCCUGUGACCACAGACCUGGGAUCAGUUUUCUGUGCAGCUCCCCCCUCCCUUCAGCCUGUGAGGUGGAGAGUGAAUCAUGUCUGCCCUGAAUUCUAUCAGCAUUAUCAUGAUAACACAUUGCAGAGUGUCACAUACUGUUGAUACCUACAGGCUGAAGGAGUGUUUCUUCACUCUAAGCUGAUCUCGGAGCAGAUUAUUCAGCUCUGAAUCCAUGUUCAUGAGGAUCCUCUGCAGCCGGCAGAAAAAUGGAUUUAUGUAACAGGAGAUGCAGCAGAGUGUCUCUUAUUUGGCUGAUGGAGGAUUUGAAAUUUAUUUCGGCAUGGCAUUUACAUGCAGCCUGAUUUCUAUGAAGGCAUGACUCCAGGUUGAAAUGUUUGGCACUGGUGUUAAAACUGCAAAUAUGUUUUUAUCUUUCGCACAAUAUUAUCAUGUUCAUGCUGGAGGAACUUUGCACUCAGGAACUCAAACUUGCAGAUUUACCAAUCAAGAUGAUUGCCUCUCAAUCCAACUGUUAGUGUGGUAAAUUAUAAAGCUAUGCACCAUAAAACUAAGACUUUGAAAAUGAUUUCUAACCUUUUACAAUUCAUCAGGGCAGAAACAAAGAGUUCUGGAGCAGUUCUGCAUACACAAACUUUUACUCCCACACUGAAAGUUAUUUUCUGCAGCACGUCCAAACAUCAUCAGCCUUUAGCAUCUGAGAGCUGAUGUCCAUGCAUGAUCCUUAAAACCUUAGUUUUCCACUAGAGACUGCCUCCAAAAGUGAGUCAAUCCCCGUAGAGCUCCAUGUUAAAAUGUCCAGUAUGUGUAGUGACGCCUCAAAUGAGUCAGUGUUAUUGGUUUUACUGAUAAGAUGGCAGACCACAGUGAUGAAAAACUUUUGACCUGUGUGGUUGUCCCUAAAACAUUUCCAUUAAAAUGUGCUUACUACAUUAAAUACUGGUCCAAAUCGGAGUCAUGUGAUUUUUGUUUAAUUGAUCAGUCAAAGCAGAAUUAUUGCGCUGUGGUAUUAUCACUUUAGUGGGUCAUGAGUUGGCUGUUGUGUAGUGCGUUACUGUGAGGUUCCUGCCAUACUGGCUACAUCCAUUAUUGAUGCUUUAAGGUUCACACUGGCAUGCUUUAACCUAGUGUGUGUAAAUGGUCCUGCUGGUUUUCAUCAGCAUUCGAUUGGACGAUUUUGACUUCAGAGAUGUUUUUAAAAGCUGACUGGGUUGAAACUGUCUGUAUUUUUAUCUGUAAAUGUCCCUUAUGAAGAAAACAAGAUUGUGUUGAGGUCUUUAAAAAGUGACAAAAAAAUAAAUAUAGAAAGGGGCCCAGAGUCUGAUCGUCUGAUCCCAAUAUCAGAUCAGUCUGAACUGGAUCAACAAUGCAACCAGCUGCUGGAACCAGAUGUUACUGGUCCAGUACAACAGUGUUGCACAGAGGUGCAGUGGAGUGUCCCUCUUUGUUUUACAGUGUUUCACAGUGUGUACUGGUGUGUUUCACAGUGUGUAUCAGUGUGAUGGAGUGGAGGUAGAGUGGUCUGAUGUGGGAGCAUCAUGAAACAUCAGGCAGCAUAUUUUUAGGAGCUUCUUCUACACCUCCAUCGCCGUCUCUCCAUCACUCUCUCUCUCCUCUGUCUGACUGCUGCUCGCUCGCCCACUGACGGAUGCUCUCUUUUCUCUCUCUCUCUCUCUCUCUCUGAGCCUCUCAUCACAUUCAGCAGCCUGCGAGGAGGAGGAGGAUGAAGCAGUAGAGUAAAACAGAGCAGAACAGAGUUGCCGUGUAAUCUGCUCGCUCUCCUCGGCUGGAAUCUCUCUGCGGGAUUAUUUCCAACUUCGUCAUCACCGUUUGGGUUUCUUUAACUCUUUCUGGCUGUGUUUGCUGCCUGUCUGUGAAAGUUGUUGAUGGGCUGUUGUUGCUGAUGUUGAAGAUGGACGAUGCAAAGCGAACAUCCUAAGAGAGGAGAAGCUGCAGCGGCACUCGCGUUUUCAUUGUGACGCUUCAGCUCUCAGUUCAUAUUCGUGCACAUCCAGAAAACCCUGCAGCUCCUGCAGUCAUGUGGAGAUGCUGAGGUGGGAACUACCCAGCAUGCAAUUUCACCCUUUAUCGUCUUCUAAAACCUGAUGAUUUUGACUUGAACUCGAACAUCUGGAUUCAGCUGGAUCAUCUAAUUUGUGGAUUGGUCAUCAUCAUUGGAAGAGGUCGGCUGCUCAAGUCUUGAUUUGUGUUUUUUUACAACUGGAGUUGUUCAAACUUCAUACCAUUUCCUCCUUAUAAUAACAUUAAAUGGUGCUUUGCCGGAGUUACUCAUCUGCAUAAUUUUGGAUAUUUUCUACUCAUGUUUGUGAAUUCUUUAGCUGAAAGUAUGUCCGAAGGAAACUUGAGAGUUUUUCAUCAGAGGCCUCACAUCAUCAUUUGUCAUGGCUUAUUCUCUGUGGCGCUGUCUAAAGGAAACAACAAUCUCUAGGAUGGAAACUUGUGCAGUAAAAAAAAAAAAGUGUUUUAUCAAAAAGUUUGUCCUGAUGGGUCCGAUCAUCAGAGCUCAUUUACCUGGAGGAAGAAAAUGUAGUCUGUGAGGAGGCUGGAGUCAUUUUUGAAACAUCAAUAGAUUCUUCAGGUGUCUCUAAAAAAGUCAGACAUGUGUGUUUCCGUUUUUUUUCCAAAGGUUACGACUCACUUUUGAAUCAUGAAGUGGUGAUAAGCUGAAGAAUACAGAGACAUUUCAGACAUUGUGGACUCCAACCUUCAGACAUGUUGCCUCAUUCAGACUAAAACAGGAGUGUCUUCAGGUGUAGGAGACACAGCGGGGGCUGAUAUUUCCACCCUGGUGGCUCCGCCCGCCUCUCAGGGAGAUGGCGGCGGCCAUCGCCAGCUCCCUGAUCCGACAGAAGCGUCAGGCGCGAGAAUCCAACAGCGACAAAGUCGCAACAAACAAAAGACGCUCGAGUCCGAGUAAGGACCCGCGGUCUCUGUGCGAGAGACACAUCUUCAGCGUCUUCAGCAAAGUUCGCUUCUGCAGCGGGAAAAAAAAACCUGUACGCCGGAAACCAGGUGGGUCCACAGAGUCAGAGAACAUGAUUGUAAACCAACCUGACUGAUCAGCUUUACUGAACACAGAGGUGGAAACAUGAAGGGGGACACAUUGUACUUUCCAGAUACUUUGAGGUCCACAUGACUGACGUGUUCACACCGGACCCACAAAAACAUUAUUUAGUUGCUUAAUUCACACUUGUUUGAAAACCUGGAUAUUUUGUGUAGACUUACUUCAUUGCACGAGUAUCUCACUCCAUUCGAGUUUUGCAAGUGCCUAAGGAGGAGAGGACUCCUUCACGCCAUUUUAGUCUGUUUUGGUUAAACAUGGCUGAGGUUGACCACAUUGUAAUGAUUUGUUGUGUUUUAUUACUUCGUUGAUAAUUAGACCUUCUCACUAAUUUUUCUCCAGGUGAGCUUUUUCUUGGUCCCGUUUCCAUAGAAACAACAGGUCAUGUCGUAAAUCUCAGCGUAGCUGCACAUCGCCAUAAUCAUUUAAUCCUCUUUUUCAUGUUUUUUAAAGAUAGGACACCUAAAAAGAGACAGAAAAUGAGAGGAGUAGAAGACAUGCAGUCAAGGGUUGUGGAUGGAACUCGAACCAGUGACUGCGUCAGCUGUAACGCUUAGACCACUAGGCCAUCAGUACCCCAGAGUUCAGUUGGUUUGUCAGACUUGGUUGAGUUCAACAGUUGGUUCGGAUCAGUGAUGUUUCUUCCACACAAACCCUCCAAGGUCCAGUCAGAGGUAGACCAGAAACUCCUGCUAACUUGCAUCCUCACCCUGACACUGCUUGGUUCUUACACUGAGAGCUCUGAAAAUCGAUUUAGUAACUUCAGGACCCCAGACUCAAUUUUUCUCUGAGUCAGACUCGGUGCCUGUCAGAUUGUAGAUGAGACUAGAACACAGCAAAGAGAGGAAAAGCAUGAUCCUGUUUCUUGUGUUGUGUAACGUUCCUGUUGGGUGUUAAAAUAUUUAAUAGGUUUCAGUUUGGACACAGUGCUCGGUGUGUCAACCACUCUCUGAGUAAUUGGGUUGAAAUGAGGUUCAGACAUUCAUUUCCCCCCCCGACUUCCUCCAUAUCAUCAUUUGACAUGUCAGACACUUUGUUUUAUGAUAGAAAUCUGCAGAAUCAACAACAUUUCCAGCUCUUAUUAAGACUCACGUGUGUGUUCGCACACACAGAGCUGCAGCUUCCUCGGUAUCAUCCUCUAAAACGCAGCCAGCAGUUGUCUAAAACAUUACAUAAUCCUCAUCAGUGAUCGUAAAUAUUUAAUGCAGGUAAAAAAGAAGCUCGCAGAGAGUCUCAGGCUCCUCCUGCGAUAUAGUCAGAGCAGAGUCUUCCUCUGGAGACCUCUCCUUGAUAAAACAAGAGAGAAACCGUCUGUAACCUCCUGUGGGAUUGAAAGUGAAAGUGGACCUGAUCCUGAGUCUGCUGAGGAGACGGGAUCAGGAGGAGACACAGCGAGUUGGACCACUGGACUGAUUUCAGCAUUUACACAUUUAUGAGCUGCGUCUCUCGUUAGCCGCCUCCCCGCUGCUGCAAAGCGCUUCAUGUUUUCUUGGCAACACAACAAACAGCUUCUUAAAGGAAGUGUACUACAGUGCUUCUGCCUGAUCAGCUUCUCCAGUUUCCAUCCACAGACUCCUUUAACUUCAAAACUUCUCAGUGAGGAGUUGGAGAACACAGAGAGAAUUUUUACAGAAAUCUCUGCAGCUGCUGAGUCACUUCAACCUCAGCACUUUGUCUGCUUUGAUGUCUGAACGUCACAGAUUGGUGGAAGAAACACUGUGCCUUCUGGAAAUGAGGAUCUCCAUCUGAGUUUGUUCAUAUUCAAAUGACAGUAAAGAUAAAACCACAGCAAAAAUACGAAAGCCCUCAUCCUUCAAAAUCUACGUUUUUAUAGUGAGCAUCUGAAAAUGACCCCUGAUAUUAACUCUGUUUGUGCUGAAUUUGAAAUGGGUUCAGCCGAGCUUUGAUACAUACAGCUGUAUGCAUCGAAUAACUGGAGAAGGCAGGUGAGGAGGAGAGCAGGGAGAGGAGCAGCAGGAGAAGAGAGGAGCAGAGGGAGGAGAGAGGAGAGCAGAGAGAGGGGCAGGAGGUGGAGAGAGGAGAGCAGGGAGAGGAGCAGGAGGCGAAGAAAGGCGAGAAGAACAGUAGCAGGAGAGAUGAGAGCAGGGAGAGGAGCAGAGGGAGGAGAGAGGAGAACAGGAAGCAGAGCAGGAGGAGGCAGGUGUGUCUUUUAGUGUGUCUGAAAAGCCAAGUGACAAAAUGGUUAUAAGGGCUGUAGUGAGUGAUUAAGGAGUGCUAACGAGCUGACAGCUGUUUGGCUAAAAGGUCAGAAACACUGUUUAGACUUGAAUUAACUCUGAGCUCGAGACUCCAAGAGUUUUAGUUCUGUUGUGUCACUUUUACUCCUAUUCUCAACAGCAUUUAAAACAGUGACUUCAGUUCGACGUCAUUUUGAUUUCAGGCUACAAGGGUCUGCUGGAGAUAUUGUCUCCACCAAAUCUCCAGCUUGCUGGCCACAAGCAUAGCUGAGGUGGUCCUUAACUGUCCUGGUCUACGGCUACAUUGUGACCAUCUGUCAGUCUAAUAAGCCUUAUAUUCCACAUGUUCACAUUACAGCCUCAAUGCAAUCCAAGAAGACAUGUUUUAAAAAAAUCAGCUGGUUCAGUAGUCAUUAACAAAGAAACGAGCUCCAGAGACCCAAACUGUUUCUGCUCCAGGCUGUAAACAAGAACAUUUCUGCUGUAGGGUUUUAACAUGGGGCUCUAUGGGGAAUGACUCACUGCAGGAGGCAGCCUCUAGUGGACUAAAGAGGAACUGUAGUUUUGGGGCUUCUUUUUCCAGCACCUGGGGUUAGCACUCGAUACUAACACAGGCUUUAAAGGUUUUUGGCACCAGACAACGGAGGGUGUUGAGAGCAAAAGAGAUCCAAUUCAACCCUAGGACCUAUCGACUGUCAAGUGAGACAAUGCCUGCUCUGAGCUCCAUUGAUACUCCUGAAGUCGACUGUUUGGCUGUGAGUUUAGGAAACUGAAGUCCUUAAUCCCUGACUGAAGGUUCGACUGUACUCUGAAGAGCUGCUCCCAAAGAAUAGAGCUGAGGGUCUACAGUUUGAGGACAAACUAACACUCCAGUGUCUUCUCCCAGCAGGGUGUUUGUAUCUUGUAGCAACAUGUAGCAGCCUCUGAUAUCAGUGUGUGAAUGUGAAGGAAAGUGUAAAAAAGCUUUGAGUGGUCAGAAGGACAGAAAAGAUCUGUUUCAGUGGAAACUAUUUAGAGAGAAAUAAAUCUUCAGCCCUUCUUGUCUGUUGAUCAUUUCUGCUGACUCUGACUCGUCUGUUGGUUAUUGAUCGACCACAGGGUCAAUACCUGCAGCUGUUUACAUGAUCCAUCAACAGCUCUCACUUUGACCAUCUUCAAAUGACCGCUUCCAUAAAUACUCCCUGAGGACCUGCAGUCUUUAGCGAUCAGGUCCUUAUGACUAUGGUUUUGGUUUUAUUGAUAGUUGUGCGAAUGAAUCUGGACAUGCUGAUGCAGUUAUUGAAGAGUAAAACUCUGAGACAGUGGGGAGAAGAUGAAAACACACAAAUCAGACAGGAAGUGAAGCCACAGCUUUUAAGGACGUGUCAUCACGCCUGUUCAUCAGCAAACAUGUGAGGAGGUGAUUUUCCUUCACAGACUCACAGACGAGUUUGACUCCUCCUCACAGUGUGACAGUCUUCUGAUAAAUAUAACUGCUUCAAAGAAAAAAAAACUGAUGGCAGUGAUUAAAGAUCAGCAACUUCAUAAGAUGUCAGAGAAUAAAAAGAAAAAAUCUUCAAACUGAACGUCAAUCUUUCAAAUUUACCUUCAUCUAAAUAAAGUCUGUGAGUAUCUUCAGACCCAUCUUCACUUCUAUUAAAGCUUGUGACUGAUUUAAUAAUCAAAUUAUGAAUAUCGCAAAAUCUAUUUUUACUUCUUCGGCUGUAAAGAUGCAAAGUGCCCGACUGUGAACUAACUGAGCCUCUGCUCUUCUUGCUUCCUCUACAACUUGCCUCCACCCCAGCUCCUCCGUGUCACCUGGACCCUAAGGUCUUGGCUGCUGCUCCCCCUGCCUCUCCUCAUAAGCAUGCUGAAGGCAGAUUAUACAACUAUUGCAAAAAAGCAAUUCAUUCUUUUGAUGGACAUGGACCUGACUGAAAUGAUAUGACCUGGACUUAUCACCUGGUCUAAAUGUUAAAAGGAUUCUCACCCACUGCUGAGUGAUGUGAACCUGGAUCAUCUCAGGACCUGGACGCUGUCAGACUGUCAAGUUUCCCUCUCAGUAAAAGCAGCUGGGACCGAGAGUGAUUCAUCAUCAAACUUUAACUCCUGUCCAAGGAAGACGGUAAAAAGGCAACUCUUGUACUGGCAUGAGGUGAAUUAACAGUCAGCUGGAGUUAUUUCACAGACAAGGAAGUUGAACUAAAUAAGUGACAAGUGGGGACAGACUUGUGAUGGAUCACAUCGCUCAGAGGAUAUUACACCGUAUGCACUAUAACAACAGAUGAGGAAAGGAUUAGAGGGCUUGAUUGCCUGAUACGGUCAAAGUUUACACUUGUACACUUACAAUUUUAUGGCUCUAAGUGCAAAAAUGUCUCUUGCCAGUUGUUGCUGCAGUGCCCUGUGGUUUUUAUAGAGAGUCUUAAGAGGCUUUCAGUCUUUAUUAGGAGAGGACUGUUAUCCAAAGUGGAAACAAAACUACCCUCUGAUAAAAUAUAUAAGAUCCAGUCUGAACCAGCUAAAGACAAAAGAUUGGAAAGUAAUGUGACUUCGUUGUUUUGUGUUUCUAGAAACUCUCUGUCCAUCUGUCUGUCUGUCUUCUGUGAGUCUGUUUGAUAAGUAGCACAGCAGCCUGCUCCACAUUAGCGCCUCUGUAUUUUGGUCUAUUUCUGCCGGGGAACGGUCCUUCUGUCCCACAUUGUCAUCACUUCAUGUCUUAAGCCUCCUCUCUUCCUUCCCUCCUCUCUUCCUUUCCGUCUCUCCUCCUUUCCUUCACACUUCCAGCUGACUCAGAGAGGGAGGUUGACCUGGCAGCCGCCCGGUGGUCUCACAGGGUUUGUUUGAGGACACUGAGUGGUUGCUGAUGGACGGAGGUGUUGUUUGUGUGAAUUCUAUCUGUGAUAAUUUGACAGAUUUCCUCUAAAAGAUUUCAGCAGCCAUGUGUAUGUGAUUUUAUUGACUCUUCCGUUAUUGUAGGGGCUUGAUUGUUGUCACAUCCUGUUUACAAAUACUAGGGGCGUCACCUGAUAAAGCACCUACGACAGGCUGCAGGUGGACGCUAAAUCAGACUUCUUAUACCCGCAUUAACACACCUAGAAGAGGUGGUCGGGGUGAAAAUGAGGUGAUGAUAAAGAGGAUGAGGAUGUUCAAACAGAUGUGUGUGUGUGUGUUACAGUAUGCAUGACAGCAGGAGGUGUGUGAGGAGGGUGAAGAAGAGCUGAGAGCUGACGGAGGAGCGGGUGAAGAAGAGCUGAUGUUUGAGUCAAACUGCUGCAGCUGAAUAAUGAAAGAGCUCUGAGUGGACAGAGAGGGAGCAACCAAAGCAGCUGAACACAAACUCAUACCUGUGUGUGUGUGUGUGUGUGUGUGUGUGUGUGUGUGUGUGUGUGUGUGUGUGUGUGUGUGUGUGUGUGUGUGUGUGUGUGUGUGUGUGUGUGUGUGUGUGUUUCAGAGCCGCAGCUGAAGGGCAUCGUGACACGUCUCUUCAGUGAGCAGGGUUUCUACCUGCAGAUGCAGCCUGAUGGAACCAUCAGUGGAAACAAAGAUGAGAACAGCGACAACAGUGAGUCUUUGCUUGGACACACCUCCACCAACACACACAGACCACCCAAACAAGUCUUCAAAGAAGACUACAGAGUUCCUUCUUCUUCUCCAGGAGUCUGUAGCUCUCUCACUUUAGGAAGUCAUGUGUGUUAGGAUGAAGGUCCAUCCUGGCAGCUAUCAUCAUGAUGUGAGGAUGUUAAAUACAACGACAUGAGUGGGAUUACAUCCAUGAUGAGCUCUGUAAAUAUUCAUGAAGCUUGCAGGAACUUUCAUGCUGGAUUUGAAGUGUAAUUCAUGUUAAAGAUGAAAAGCUUUACAAUACGUGGAGAAGCAUCACAGUUUAUAAUUCAAAGGGAUUGAAACAAGUAAAGAGACUCAAGAAGCUUAAACAUAAAUCUGUAUUUCAUACAUGUGGAAGCCUGUGAGGGUGUCAGACUGACAGCUCAACAUGCAGAGUAAUUUAAAGUAUGUACAUCUAAUACUGAUAAACUCGUAAAGAAAUGGAAAAAUCACAUUUCCUUCACAGAAACUGUGGAAAUGCUGAAAAUGCAUUUUUAAACCUGCUGAAAUGUGAGAAAACUUUAAGAACUGCAGCUGUCUGAGUAUUUGAAGUUAUAGUCAUAAAAGAGCACAAGCAGCUGUAUGUAUAAACCCUUAACUGCUAAGACGACUAUAGUUAUGAGGGAAAAAAAAGGUCCAAGUAUCUUAAGUAGUUCUGAACAUGAGCACUGCUUUUGAGUUCAUGAAAAUGUUUGUAGCCUGGAAACAGGCUUUAAAACAGGAAAACAUACAACCUGUUCUGAAAAAUAAGACAGAUCAAAGUUUAGAAGUUUGUGCACCAACAUGUUUGAUUCAACAUGAAACUAUAUUUCUUUUUGGAGGUAAAAAAAAAACAACUUAGUAUGCAAAGCCCUUUACUAUCAGAGAAGGGUUAGUGUAAAACAUGCGGGACCUGUAUGAAUCAGACAAUUCAAGCAUUCUGAAACUCCUGAAAAUUCCUAAUACUGUUGAGAUUACCAGGGGUUCCUGGAUGUCAACAAGUUAGUGAGAUAAUAUUAGAAUAACACCACACCACAGGGAAGAAAAGUUCAGCUCAUGUAGGAUGUGUGUAAGAGUGCAAAGGCUGUUGCAAUAGCCAGGGGUCCUUGGAUGUCAGCAAAUAAAAAUCAUUGUAUCUGGAUAACUGAACACCAUACUGAUACCAAAAGGACAUUUUGUACAUGCCAGCAUAUGUUCAGUUAUUUAGAGUUAAAUCAAAAUCCCAAAGAACAUUUCGUGCUUUUAUUUGAUGUCCAACUUAAGUAAAAAUCACUUCACAAACUGUUACAUCACUGUUUAAAAAGCAAAAUUAUGAAGUUUUAAUCAUCAGAUUAAAGAUGCAAUUAAUCACAAUGAUUGAAAUUCUGCAACAAAAGGUGACUGAAAACAUGAAUUGUUUUAAAGUCCCACUCUGAUCGUUCGUUUUUUUUUUUUUUUACUACUUAAAGUGUUAUCAGUGCUUUUAAAUUGUGAUUCUGAAGUUUUUAGCCAAUACCACAAUACCUGUGUCAUUUUCAAGGGCUUUUCUUCUGCAGAGCUCCAGUAGCUAAUAUCAUAAUUAGCCCUCUUACAAGCAUUGCGAUCCGCUAAAGCACACGCUUGUUCUGCGAUCAUCCCCUCGAUUUCCCCUCGAUUUGCAGAGUGUGGCCUGCAUAGCGAGGAGCUCUGGGGAUGGAUCUAGGAGUGGCUACGUAGGAAAUCUCACUGUUUCUGAACCUACGGUCUGCCAGAGAUUCACAGGGACUUGAAUGCAGAAAUACUCAGAAAAGAAAUUACACAUUCAGUUUUCUCAUGAUAUGUACUGUAGAAAAAUGCCAUAUGAACAUGAAGACAACAAGAAAAACACAGUUUUCAUCAGAGGGGUCUUUAAAGCCCUAAUUUAAAUGCAUAAUAACAAGGACAAGUUAUCUGAUCAAAACAGGGAUAGACCACCAAGUCAUGAGUUACCUGAGGAGAAAGAUUUUUGAGGGGUCUGGGGUUUUGAAGUGUGAAGAUAGCGUUGUCCUAAACAAAAAGGAUUGCAGGAAGUAAUGUAACAGCUGUUCCUGUUGGAAAAAAUCCUCCUAUAAUAAAAAGCUCUGUCUUUUUAGUGGACUCUCUGAUCCAUCAAAGAUUAUGUUGCAGGCCUUACAGCCUCUUUACCUGCUGCAGAAGUAAGAAAAUCUGCUGCUGAUAUUACAAAAGUCUUUGCACAUAUAAAACAUUUAGUCUUCAAAGUAUAUCCGUGUUUCUCUUUGCUUCGUUGAUCAUUGGGUUCACAUUUGGACACAUUCAGAUGGAUCUGGUAUCCACAGAUCUGCAGCCUCAUGUAGGUACCAGCCGGAUGAGCUCAGGAUUACAGAUUCUGCUGCUGCUUUGACAGAAAGAAGCGAAAGGAGGACAAGAGGAGGAGGAGGAGGGGGAGGAGGACAAGAGGAGGAGAUGUUUUGGAUCCCCCCCUUCACUCUCUCUCGGAUCCUCUCUGUCUCUGAGUUAAAUAAAGGAGGAUUAACAGCAGCCACCAUCGCCACAGGCCUCUUCCUCCUCCACCUCCUCCUCCUCAUCCUCACCCACACUGCAGCUCAGUGUCCCCGAGGAUUAAAUCACCUCCCUUCACUCCAUCCCCCUCUUUCUAUCUGUCUUUUAUUUGGUGUCUUUUCUCUCCGUUUAUCAGCUAGUAGCACAGCGUCACAUCCAGCAGACUAGAGCUGGAUUUAAGCACAGAUUUUAAACACAGAUACACAGAGAGGAGCAGAGUUUAAAGAGCUGAAACAACCCUCCUUUUAUUACUGGUAGAUUAUAGGGUCCUUUAAAUGAAAUAAAAUACCACAGCUUCACAGAACAAAACUAAGUCUUUUGUCCAAAACCCCAAGAUUAUAUACAAUAUGUACUGUCAGAAAAAAACAUAGAAAAACAGGAUUUCUGCACACUCACAAAGCUCGACCCAACAAAAGUUCCACACUCUUGUUUUUUAAAUGAAUAUUUACUCCCCCCUCCAAAAAAAAAAAUAUAUAUGAACAGUUCUCAGGACAAACAGCAGGUCUAGUUGAAACUUUUUACCCACGUAAUCUUAAUAUAUGACUGUACCGAUUCUUUAUAGUGUCUAUGACUGUAAUUGUUAUUUUGUUGGACCAGUUGUCAAGGUUACAGUGAAGACUAAAAAAAGUCAAUAUUUCUAAAACGAAGCGGUACAUAAGAUCAGAAUAAAGUCUUAAUGCUACAACAAUAAACUCAGACAGAAAAUAAAGUGAUGCUCUGAAAAUACCGACUAUUUUACAAAAAUCAAGUGUCUAAAUUGCAAGAAUAAAAUUGUACUCUUGAUUAAAAUAGUAAGUUUACAGGGAUUAAGUCAUGUCAUGAGAAUGAUGUCAUAAAAUUAGACUAAGUUGUCAGUGUGUUAUGUGAAUUUAGUCUUUGGGCUCUAUUUUCAGGCAUGCCAGCGGGGCGGCACAACCCACACGAUGUUCAUUUAGUGCUGCAAAGCCCAGCGCAGCGCAUAUUUGGUGAUUUUGUAAACUGAGGUGCACCGAGAUGCACCAAUGUGUUUGUGGCAGAGCAGAAGGGGAGGACGUCAACAGAAUCAGCUGAAAAUGUAGUGCCCACCAGUGGCACAGAAAGUGCGCUGACAGAUCACUGAUUCAAACCUAAUCAGCUUUUAAAGGUGAGGAGCUGAUGUGAUUGAUGAAGAUUGGACUCAGCUGUGUUUAAUCCACUCCACACCUUCUCCCCUCCCUCUUUCCUACUUAAGCCACGUGGAGGAGCUGAGAUGGGGAGGAGGUGUACUUGCCCCAUGCCGCGCUGCUCACCAAACUACCAAAAUGUGUUUGGCCACGCCCCAUUGGCGCGGCAGAUCAGACUUGUGCCAAAGCGCAGGCGAGGCAUUAAAAGAGAGCCCUUUAUCUCUAAGGAAUAAUAUUAUGUUACAUGACUAAAUUAUGUGACAUAACUAUACUGUAUAUAAUGAUUUUAUUAUGACUUCAUUCUCGUAAAUAAUGAUUUUAUCAGGACUUAAUUCUCAUAUGUAAUGAUUUUACUGCGACUUUAUUUUCAUAAGUAAUGAUUUUCCCUACAACUUUAUUCUCGUUAGUAAUGACUUUAAUCUCAGUCUUAUUUUUUUUUCUUAAUAUGGCUCUAAAACUACAUUGUAAGAAAGUGACUGUCCCCCCAAAAAAAAUAAAAAUAAAUUAAUGUUCAGAGAAAAAAGUUAUUUUUGAGAUGAAGUCUUUAUGUUCUGAGGAAGGAGUCAAAAUUUCAAGUCCUGAUUUGAACAGAAUAAAGUUGGUUUGUUAUGGGUAUAGAAUUUGAUCUUGUAACACUGGAUUUAUCCAAGCAUUAUUAUUAUUAUUAUUGGACUUUCACUUUAUCUUUAGAUUGUUACAGCUUUAUUACAACUUUAUUCUCCGAAUUUAUGACUUUAUUUUUGUGACAUCAUGGCCUUAAUUUCUAAAGACAUUAUUCUCACUAUAUCAGGACUUGACCUCCUCUGAUUAUCUGCCAUUAAUCAGCCUCAUUAAUCUCACUCCCCUAACCCUAACCCUCAGGUGUACACACGUCCCUGGACUGAGCAGUUAAUCCACUUAUUGUUGCAUCUUCACAGUGAGAGCAUUUAAUGUGAUUGUUUUGUUGGUUGGUUUGACUGAAGGAGACACAGAUAAAAUUCAUCGACUUUUUGUUUGCCUGAUAAAAGGGUGUGAGUUUGAUUUUGUCCUGCUGUGAUUUAUCAUUGAUUUAAAGGUAUAUUCGAGCUCUUUUACCUCAGUAGUAACUCUCUCUCUCUCUCUCUCUCUCCCUCCCUCCCUCUGUGUCUUUGUCUUUCGCCCUCCAGCUCUGUUUAACCUGAUCCCAGUAGGUUUGAGGGUCGUGGCCAUCCAGGGAGUGAAGGCUGGACUGUACGUGGCCAUGAACGCAGAGGGAUUCCUCUAUACAUCAGUAAGAGAUCCUCUCUGUUCACUCAGUCUGUAUUAAAUGGUAUUUAAAAUUCCUCUCACUUAACAGUGUCUUUGAAAAGACCUCACAGAGCCUCUGUUAACCUAUGAAAUAAACAAUGACCCAUCUCUGAUGAAGAAAACACAAAUAGAAUCAUCAAAUAAAUCGAUUGUUUCUUAUGUAAUGAACCCAAAAUAAACCUUGACUUAUUUUUACUUUUCUAUAAACUCCACAUCAGAGUUUUAAGCCACAAAUCCAGCAUGUCCAACAAAGUUUUUUCUAUGUUACCAGAUGAAAAAAUGUGGACUCUAAUCUGAAGUUAUCGGCGUUUGUUUAAAUCCUACAGGUACUCAGAAAACGUAGCUCAUUCAGACAUGGAUGUAUUUAGUGGUUGGUAGUUUUGUAGACCUACCGGACUUUAGCAUUUUGGUUUCUGUUGUCUGAAUUUAGAGCCAAAAUGAAGGUACUUGGAUUGAAGAGUGAAGCUGGAGCAGAGGGAGAGGCUAGCCAAUUUCUAAGCUACCACAAAGGAAGCAUUCAAAUUUCUCAGUCAGUGUGAAUAAAUUUAGACUGCAGUUUUGGCCCUAAAUAAAAACAAGUUUUAUCCAUUAAUUUCAUCAAUAUAACAGGAGAUUUUCCUGUGCGCACAAGUGACUCUUCAUCGCCUUUGGCCCCUCUCCCAUAUGGAGUCCUCCAAGGGCUCUAUCCUUGGUCCUCUUCAUUCUCUUUUAAUGUGCUUACUUUAGGGUCCAUUUUUAAAAGUACAAGUUACCUUUUUCUGUUUUAUGUUGAUGAUAUUCAACUGUACUGGCGCUUGAAACAGGAAGACAGCAACCCUCUGCGCUCACUGACUAACCAAAUUACAUCCAAGUUUUAGGUGGCUCUAAACUCAGGGAGAGACUUGAGAGUCGAGUUUUGGUGUCACUGACAGCCCCCUCUGUUAGUUUGAACAGAAAACUUCCUCUGAUGGCCUGAUGCACUGAUCAACUGUGAAUUCAGACAGCUCAUUACAGGUUUAACUUUUUCCAACAAGUUCAAACAAAGAUUCAAAUUUCAGACUAAAAAGAGAGACUCAACACACUUAAGGAUGUUGCAAACCUUUUUGGCACCAAUGAUAGCCCCCUAAGACUUUUUGUUAAUGUAAUUUAACAUUAGAGAAGAUAUUUUUAGAUCACUUUAGUAAUAACAGGUCCAUCCAAGAAGUCCCCUGUUGAAAUGCCCCCCCUGCUCUCUGUGGCUCUAAAUGAGACCUUAAGUGACUAAAUGAACAUCGUGCUGUAUAAAAGAAGACUGUAAACUAGAGACUGAGACCAUAAACUCUUUAGCGAAGUGUUUUCAGAGGAAGUAAAUCAGCUGUAGAGUCACCUUUGCUGAACAUAAACAGAAUGCAGGUUUACAGCUCUUCAUCAUCAGCUUUGCAUUUCAAACCAAGAGUUUUUACACAGCGUGUGGUUUGAAUGGCAAGCAGACUGAGCACUUUUACAGUAAUACGAAGUAGUUUCAGGUAAAAUCAAAUAAAAAUCAAAUUAAAAAUAUAUACUUAUUACAUCUAGUCUGCUUUGAUGCUGCAGUUUGAGCUCUGAGGUUUGGUUCUUUUAUUUGGAUCUUCAGGAUUCGAAGUUCAGAGCAGUUUGUGAGCAUUAUCGUCUUUAGACAGGUUACCUGCCUACCUUUCUGCAGACUUUACCAUCUACUGUUAAAACCUGCACCACAGGACAUACACCCAACUUCUAUGAUUUUAUCAUGCUGGGGUGGGGUGUUCCCAUUUGAAGGGCCUGCAUUGUGGUCCAGCUCUCUGUCAGACUCUAAGAAUGAAAACCUGUAUUCAAACAAACCAUGAGGGAUAUGUUUUAAGAUAUGAAUAGAAAUAUGUAAGACCUCUGAUAACAGACAGGACCAGCCUGAUGAGUCUGCAGAGUGGACUGCAGUUGCAGUUUGUUGCAUUGCUGCUCCGCCUCACUGAGUCCAUCCACCAUCUAUAAUUCACAUCUGCUCCUUCCAUAAAACUUUAAAAUGCAAUUCUUCAGUCAGUGUGUGCACAGCAUAAGAAACGAGAUGGAGGGAUGGAAGAGGAGAGAUGAUGGAGGCCAUGAUACAGAAGAUAAGUGCAAACAAAGGUGUGGAGGUUUUCUCUGAACAGCUGAGGGAACAGGAAAACCUUCCAAUAUUCGAAAAACCGCAGCGCGUCAGCUUCCCUGUCAAAACCUUGUAGCUGACUGAGUUUGGUAGAAAAAUUGCUUAAAUGUCUGUAUUCAUGUUGCAUCAAUUUGCAGCAGUUGGUUAACAAGUGAAAGUAGAUACUCUAAGUAAUAUCCAGGAAACAAGCGCUGGUGUCUGCAGGAAAAUCAGUCUGUAUGGAGAGCAAAAGCAGGAAGAACACAAUCUUGUCAUUGGUGAACUGAGGGGGAUUUCUGUCUGUGUAUACACAGAGUUUAGAUUUCCUGACUUCCCUGAAUGCAUCAGUAAUGAUGGAUCUGACCUCCAUAGAUUUAAAACUCAAACAGUCAGCACUGAUCAGGAUUUAUUCAACACGCUAAACUGGUUUUCCAAGCAUGGCUACCAUCAGCAGAGCUAGCACAGGCUGUGGUCUGAGGUCGUCUGUCAUCUAUGCUUGGGCACAUCCAGGCUGUAGAGCAUUUAGCAUUAUAAGCAUUAAGCAAAGCUACAGCUCUAGCUAGUGGUGGGAGGCUGUGCUACACAACAUAUGACUGGCAAUUCUGGUGCCGACUGGGGGAGGACAUUUAAAUGCUGAGUAGACUGAUUGCACUCCUCCCUGACAGCCAUUGCUAACAUCAGACCAGCGUGUUUCUCUCAUAGUUUCAGAUUCAGAUAAUGACUGACAUUGUGAAUCCUGUUUACGUAAUGUGACUGGUAUAAGGAGCAGUUUGCAUCUUUGUGUCAUUUUAAACACAUUUCAGUGAUAUUUUCAUGAUGUACAAGUGUAAAAAAGGCAGAUGAAUGGACAACAAAGUUUUAAAUAUGAACUUUACGUACAAGUGGUUGUCCUAUUAAUGUAACCCACAGGAUUCAGAUAUUUAAACGAGACAGAGAAUCUGUGUCCGCUGUCUGGAGCGUUCUGUCUGGUUGUUUCAGGUUUCUCUGGUUUUCUGUCUGCGGUUUUAGGACCAACAGUUACAUAAAGACAUUAGAGCGUGUGUUGGUUCCUCUCAGCAUGCUGGGCAGCUUCACGCUGUCUGUUUAAAGUCAAGUUGUUUAAUGUGCUGGGAGGCCCUGCUGUCUAAACACUGUUUAUCUCAAUCAUCACAUGUCCUGAUAUGUGAUGCUGGCCGCCUGCAGGGAAGAAAAAAAAAACUUCAUCAUCUAUUCCCUCUUUUUUCCUCUCUCCUGUCAUCGCUGUCCUCCUCCUGAAGCUCUUGCCUUCAUCGCUUUUCUCCUCUUGCCUUCUCUGAUUUGUGUUUCAUUUGUCUGUGUGCACCUCCUACAUGUUUGAGGGAAUCGACAAUAAAACCUAGACAUAUGCACAGUGACAUCUGCAGAAUAAGGAGCCAAAAUAAGAGGUCAAAAAUGAUCUGUUUGGGGUUUAAAUUUUAAUGAUAGAAGGAUCCACAACCUUGCUCUGUUUAUAUCAGGGGAGUCUGAUGACGUAUGAGGAAGACAUAUGCAGUAAACACUGAAACUUUAUGAACUAUAUCAUACAAAUAAAUGUCACUAGACAGAUGAAAAAAAAAUCUGGAGAUAUAAAACACGAUGGUGAAGACAAAGAAAAGUCUGUAAUUUAAGCUAACCUCAGGUCAAAACAUCUCCAGAAAUGAGGUUGCAGGAAGGGUUUUGUGAACACUGACUCACUUUUGCAUGUGUUGUUUUUUGUUAUGUUGUGAUCAUAGCAGACAAUAUACACCUGACGUAGUUCCUGGUUUGUUCACAGGGGGUGCCAAAAUCAACACAAACUGAAAGAUCUAAAAUGCUGCUUCAAAUAUUUAUUUUCAAUCAACACUUUAUGUUUGAUAUUAACAACUGUUUCAAAUGUCUGUACGUAAAGUAGCUGCAGAGUAUGAAGCUGAAAUCCUCUUGUAUCAGUCUGCGAUCAGCCUGAACAGGUUUCUGCAUCGUCUGGGUUUUUUCUGCUCUGAUUGGCUCUAUUUCCCUCCUUUGACCACCUGUUUCAUCCACACACACACACGCACACACACACACACACACACACACACACACACACACACACACACACACACACACACACACACACACACACCUGUUAUACCUGGAGGGUACCUGUUUUACAGUUGAGCGACUGCCUGUAUUUUCACACCAAUAGAUUUUUGACACAUAACGUGUAGCAUCGGACCAGGGUAGUCAAAGAUCAAUAUUAAAAAUGAUCAGGGAUGAAUUUUGAAGGGGAUUGUGGGUAAAAAUUUACACCUUGACUGAAAACAAAGAUAAAUCAAAUAGAUAAAGUCUAGGGUAACUGUCUGAUUAAAGAAACAAAUUCCAGGUUUGUGGACAAAGACGUUCAUUAUUAAAAUGAGUAAUACGUGUGUGUGUGUGUGUGUGUGUGUGUGUGUGUGUGUGUGUCUGUGUGUGUGUCUGUGUGUGUGUCUGUGUGUCUGUGUGUGUCAGGAUAUAUUUACAGCAGAGUGUAAGUUUAAGGAGUCAGUGUUCGAGAACUACUAUGUCAUCUACUCGUCCACGCUGUACCGGCAGCACGAGUCAGGCCGGGCCUGGUUUCUGGGUCUCAACAAGGAUGGAGUUAUCAUGAAGGGAAACCGAGUGAAGAAGACCAAACCUUGCUCGCACUUCGUCCCCAGACCCAUCGAAGGUCAGACACACACACACACACACACACACACACACACCUGUGUAAAAUUAACACUCUGUAAAAUUUGGAUUAGCAGAAAAGCAACUUGAUGUAGCCAAUGUGAAUUUGUGCCUUUAACAAUAUGAGCAGCUUUUGGAGAUGGUGAUACUUUUGGAAUGGGACUCUGGCUGAUUGUGGGGGUGUUUCAGUCCUCCAUCAGUCAGGUGUGAGGUGAAGAAGAAGAGUGGCGAGGUGAAGCAGGUCGUCCUGCAGGUCACCGUGAAGCUCUAAUAUCACAGACGGACGAUGAACAGGAAACAUGAAGCUCCCUCUCUGCUUUCACCCCCUCCCCCGUCUUUAUUUAAAGAUACCUGACCACUAUCACCUUCCUCACCCCCCACCUCUGUCCUUCCCUUCAUCCUCACCCCUCCUCCUCCUUUGUAGUUUUCUUCACCUCCCUCAUCUCCUUCUUUUCCUCAAUCACAGUCCUGCACACGUUUUUAUAGUCAUGUAUUUUUCAAGUUUUUUAUCGUGUCAGUCAUUUCAAAAUCAAGGUCACAGGGUGAAUCACAAAGGCCAUGAGUGAAAACAGAGAGUCCUGAAGUCGUCACAUCUGUGAGCGUUCUCAGCCAAACUUCAGUUAUUUCUGAUAAUAUACCACAAACCUGCAUUUACAUAUUUUCUAUACUCACACUUAGGGCUGGGCGAUAAAAUGAUGACGAUAUAAAUCAAAAAUCAACUUCCCUCAAUAUCAAUAUAAAGCAUGGUCAAUAUGCUUUUCGGUAGUCGUCAUUCUGCCAUGUUUUGGUAGACUAUACAAAUAGCCAAUGAAAAGGGGAGUUGCUCUGGGCCCGCUUCACCCUGAACCAAUCGUGCUGAAUUAGAACCAAGAAGCAAACAACUGCGUAGUAGCACGCUGCAGCUACACGCAACCAUAGCACCUAAACACAUGAAGCUAGCAGCACUGUCGGUGAGAAAAAAAAAAAAGAGUGCUACCCCUGGAAAAAAUGCAGGUGAAGGCUCAACAGAUGAUGGCACCGUCAACAACACUGGCACGAAAGCGUCGGUGGUGUGGAGAUAUUUUGUUUUUUUGAGGUUGGACAUGAAGCAGAGUAGUGUGCACUGCAAAUCAUGUCGAGUACAUGUUCUCCCGAAGUCAGGGAAAACCUCAAAUCUUUUUGAGGAGCCCAUGGCGCCUGUGCAGCCGAAACAGCCGACUAUUCAGUCCGCUUUGUCUAGCGCGACGCCUUACGACAAAAUGUCGAAGAGACAGUAAGACCUCACAGAUGUAGUAGCUUAUUGUAUUGCAAAAGACACGCUACUAAUAAGCACUGUUAAAUUUCAGUUUUUAUAUCCUGAUAUACAUCAAUAUCAACGAAUAUAAAAAAAUAUAUUGUAAUAAAAUUUUUCCCAUAUCGCCCAGCCCUACUCACACCAUGACUCACUUUUAUAUUAAAUAAAUAUCGCUUUUAUACACAAAGCUGCUCAUAUAUGAUAUGAAAAUAUUAAAAUGCAGCAUGCUGAGACCACAGUGGUGGACUCAUGGGGGGCUGAACUCCACUGAUGACAGUUUGAACCUCUAAUCUUCAAGAAUCCUUAAAGUGUUUGAAUCACAUGUAACUUUGGUGUUAUCCCCCAUCCCCCCUCUGCCUCCCCCCCUCUGCAGUCUGCAUGUAUAAGGAGCCGUCGCUGCACGAGCUUGAGGAGAAGCUGCAGAAAUCCUCACGGAGCCCGACGCUGGACGGUGGGGACCGAGCGGAGAGCCGGGAGGCCCUGAGGGAGCAGCAGGAGGACUGCACAGAGCAGGACGGAUCAUAGCCUGCAGCGCCCCCCACAGGCCAGGAGGAGGAGGAGAACUCCCAUUUUAACACUCCCUCUGUUCAACUACAACCACACCAACGACAACAACAACCGCCACGACAACAACGACGGUGACAACAACAAAAACAAAGAAAAAAAGAAGCUAAAAAAAAUCUUCUUGCUCAUGUUGAAAUAUUUUAAAUCUUACGGGGGAGGGCGAGGGGGAGGGGCUUGUUUGAAAAUGAUCAGGACGUUGAUGAUGAUGAUUUACAUUUUAUGCAAAAAGCCCUGCUGGUACGGCGCCCGGAGGCUAGCACACCUACUCUUCAUUGCUUCUUCGUAAUCAUCAUCAUCAUGGCGGUCACGAUGAUGACUAAGUGUUUUCCCGAGCUGAGCGUGCGCUGAGAACUCUGAAGCUUUAAGCCAUGUAGAAAUUUCACCUUUUCAUCCCCUAAUGAAUGCAAAAACUCUCGCACUUUCUUCACGCUGCGCUUCUUCUUCCUCUUCCUCUCUGUGCUGUCCUGAAGAGAUCUUACGUUGUCUUCUUCAGCUGCCCCGUCUCGUUUGUUCCUCUCGUUUAUUUUCAGGUGGGGGAGACGUCAGGUUUUGUUGCAGACACUGCCGAUAAAAAGCUUCAGAGGGAAACUUAAAGACUCCUGUUCUGUUUGGACCGACCGGAUCAGCUCAUGUUCGGAUUCAAAGACCUGCUGGUUUCUAGAAGCUUCCAGACGCAGAUUCGUUUCUACAGAAGCAUGCUGGUGUUUGUAUGAAUUACCUAAACUUCACACCCUUGCACCGCUUCAAUUAUCAGUCACGUUUACAUUGAUUUCCUUCCUCCAAAGAUGGAAACUGCUUCACUUCAUUUCAACGAAACUGAUCUGGAGAGAGAAAAAUACAGAAAUAAUCAGGUAAACUUUAAAAAAACAAGCUGAUGAAUCAGCCUAUGAUUAUUCAAACCAAACAACACAGAAGACACUGAGUUUCUUAUUUCAGCCCUGAGUUUUGUCUGCAGGCAUCAGUAUCAUGAGGUUCUGCGUUAAGUUGAGUGUUAUAUAAAAUAGAUCUUGAAACUAGUGCUUCCUCUGAUUUACAAAGCUGCCGUCAUGGUGCCAGAAAAAAGUUGGAAAAACACACGUACGACGCUACAUGCUGCCACCUGCUGGUGUGGAACAGUCAUUGCAAUAAAACUAGAAGAUAGCUAUCGUAUCUGUCAUUAGUGUGUAAAAAACUUGAAUAAGGAAAGCACUUCUCUUUUAAGACGAUAGAGUAGAUGACAGAGAAAUGACCAGAUUUAAGGUUUGCAGUCAUAAAGGGCGCACAUGAUUUAACUGCUGAGCUUAACUAUCACUUAACUAUUGCCUAACUAUCGCUUAACUAUCGCCUAACUAUGGUUAUAUUAUUUAAUUAAUGCUCCUGUUGCUUGUUAUGAAACAUCAUGACAUUUACAGUCGUGCCUCAUGAUACGAAAGCAAACCAAACUGUCAGCAACAGGACUGAUCGUUUGUGUUUGUUGUUUUUAGUGCCUGUGGGAGGUCGGAAUCAUACCGUCUCCAACAGCACACCUGCAAAAGACUUUUUCUUUCAGUUUUUCUGCAGCAGAAAUCCAUGAUGAGUGAAACUUAUUCAUUUGGAAAUAUUUCUACUUAAGCAGAGAAUAAGAGAACAAAGGUUAUCCACAGGAAGUGCCAAAAUCAAAACAAAAUGAAAGUUACUCAUUGGAGCUUUAGGUUAAAAACCUGACAUUUUGGAGAUACCAGGUCAAGAAGACUAAAAGCAAACAUUCAAAGCUGUGCACACAGUUUGCAAAUAUGCAGAGUUUUGCUUACAGUGAAUCAUGUAUAUGCUAUGUUUUGAUUAUUUGCGUGCAUGGAUUUGUAACCUGUGAUGCAAAGAGGUGCAAAUCUGUGCAGAUGGGUGACAAAACCUGUUUCCACAGAUUAUUCACUUUUUUUCUUGACCUGGCACCUCAGGGACUUCAAACAAUAUACAGUUUAUAUUGUUGAUUGAUUGAUUUGUAAUUCUUGGUUUACGUUGACAAACAUGUUUUUGGAAUUCUACUUUCUCUAGUUAUGUUCGUUAAUAUGAUAAAAGUAACCUUCAUUCAAACUCAGUUGUUUGCUUUGUCAUGGAGACGGACUGACAAAUAAUAUUGCAAAGUCAAACACUUUCAAGUAACUGGAUGGAAAUCCACUUUUUGUCUGAACAGAUUCAUGCCUGCCGUGCAGCUGAGUCUACUUGGCAGCCUGAGAGACAAAACCCAGGGCAGCAAAAGGAGGGUUUAAAUUCACAAAGAGAUACAGUGACAUUCAUUUAUGGGGGGGGGGGGGGGUCGUACACCAAUAGAGAAACAUAAGAUGAUCUCUCUGCAGGAUAGGUCUGUAGAAAUGAAGCUGGAGCUGCAGCUGUGUGUGAGGAGCAGGAAUCUGAAUGAUAAAAUGCUGCAGAGAGCACAGAGUAAAAGACUUCCUCCAAGUUCUGUCUUGGUGCUGUGUUCAGGGUCCGAUCAGGAGCAAAGUUUAGUGUUUCCUGGACAGAGAGAAGAAGGUGCAGGCAGAAAUAUCGCAUGAUGUAUAUUCCAAAAGACGCCCCCACAGCCGUUUGGGGCUUUAAAUGAUUUAUGGAGACACUAACAGCUGUGUUGUGUAACUCUGAUCCGGUCUGAACAGGACUGAACCGACGGGCGGGCGGACUCUGUUACCACUCUGUCCGGGCAUGUUCACAGCUCGGUAUGAUCCGGCGUGUGAUCUGAUGUGAUGUGACGGUGUGCUGCAGCUCAUGCUAACACACUGUUAAAUGUCUCAGCAUGUUUUAGAGGCUCACUCUCUCACUCUGAACACGAUUGUAGGUUUUAUUUUCAAUUCAGCAGACUCGUUGGCCACGCUGACCUCUGAUUGGUGCACUGAUUAAAAGGCAGGUUGUUUUAAACCAUGUACCCUUAAGUCAGCGUUACACUAGUGUCUUCAGCUCUGUGAUUGGUUCUUCUCACAACAGCUUCCUGUUUCUGUUUUGGGGGAUUUUAAUAGAUUUAUAAUAAGUGAACAGAGAUCUUUGUAACAGCAGCAUGUCAUCGGCGUAACAGCUGAUUAUCAGUGGCUAACAAUUAUAAGUGAGUAAAAUAAGCAAGUAUUCCUCUUUAAGGACUCCUCAUGAAUCAAAUGUUACAGUUUAAAAAUUUAAAUAUUUUCAUGUUAAAAUUGGGUUUUAAAACUUAACUGCAGCAGUUUUAAGCAGUUUACGCAUCAUUCAGUGAGAAAAUCCUGGUCUUACUGUUACUGCAGGUCUUAGCUCUUGAGAAAACUUACAACAAGGAUGUGUUCAGCCUCUAAAGGUGUGUUCAGACCAAUCAGUGACUCAGUUCUAUCAAAGGUCCACGCAAAAAUACAGACACAGAUUUGUAUUGAGGUUUUCGUUUCAACAAAAAAAGACGAGUGACUUUUUUGGUCUGAACACAUUUUAGCUGCAGACAAAGAUGACAGUGACGUUUUAUGAGAAAUCAGUGACGAGUAUAAAACUUAAACUCAAACUCUUCAGAGAGUUUCUGACAAAGGUGUGCGACCCAAAAUGUGGACAUAUCACUGUCCUUUUUUUCUCUAGUCAUGUUGUGUUCAGGUGUUGGCUGAUGGGAGGACUCAGUAACAUUUUCUAACACUGCCCUGCUUCCUGUAGAGAAAAAUCACUGCCCUGACAGCUGUUAGACUCUGACCACGUCUGAACGAAUCGACCCACACACCUGAAAAACAAUCGGCAUAUUUACAAACCUGGAAUUUUUUCUUUCAAUGCCAAAUUAUUUCAUAUUCCCAAAAUCCAGUCAACUUUUUAGUUUGUCAGACAUUAACUUGAGAAAAAGCUGCAUGACCCUUUAGAUAAAGAUGAGAAUAACAUUUUCAUGUGAUUAUUUUUAGAGUCCAAGGUCGAGUUGUUCAGACCGACGGAGUUCAGACUGAAUCGCUUCACUGCCCUUAAACCUUCAUGUCUUUUCUCCUCCUCACACUUGGACCCGUUACUCGCCUCAGCCGUUACUGACCGAGUUUCCCAAAAUCAUCCAACCGUUUCCUGUUUACACAAAACAACAAAUGGACCUCCACUUCCUUUGCCCUUUCAAAAUAAAACCUCCAUUUCUCUCCUCAGAGUUCUCUCACUGCCUUCGUUUUCUCAAAGUUAGAAACUUUCCUUAAGAGAGAUUUUAGAAGUUGGCGGGGCUCCUGUGUUUGUGCCAUUGUUUUGACUUCCCAUCACUUUUGCACUGUUGUUAAAUUUCUGCCUUUUACUGCAUAAUAAUACAGUUAGGAGUUAUUCAAAGUUUCUGCUCACAGAACUUGUUUUAUGUGUGAGGAUCCUGUUUUCAAAAGUAUCUGCGUUCUUGUGGACAGGGCCGUAGAUUUGGAGAAUAAAGUUGUAUUAUUAUGUGACUUGACAUGAUGUUCUGAGGUUAAAGUUGUAUUAUUAAGAGGCUGCCAUUUUUAGUAUAAACUUUAUUUCCGGCUCUUUCUCCUCAGAGUCCUGAUGGUGGCGCUGAUGGGCCAAAGAUUUAGUUUUAACUUAUUGUGAAUCUUUUAACAGAGUAGAAAAACAUGAGAUGCUCUACAUGAACUGUUACGGCCUAAAAGGGUUUUGAAAGGAUUAACUGAAAGCUUUAAAUCGAAAAUCAGGCCCUGUGUCCACCAGUGGCAGUUUUUCCUUUGGUGGCGCUCACAAUUUUAAAUUCAGAGCUCCUCUGAUUGGGGGUUACGGGUGUGGGAUUACGCUCUCAUCCUGGUGGUGGUGAUAAUCACCUCUAUCUGCUUCUUAUUUGCUUUUAUGCAGUUUUUAAAAACAGCCAGCUAACCUUCACCUUCACACAUUAUUAUAAAAACAGUGGGAAUUAAUUGUGCCCUGGCAUUAGCAGUAGCCCUUAACAUGCAAAUCAGAAAAUUUUAUUAAAGAAAAACAAAGUAAUUUCUAUCCUCAAAAAACAAAGACCUGAACCAAAAUUUUUACUUCCCUUAAAGUUGGUUUCAACCGGCGCCCUGAGCUAUAAACGUGUUUAUCUUUGCUUUAAAAUUUGCUUCUAUGCUUCUGUGUAUGUGAUCUCUGGUGCUUUUGCAGACAGCCUCAAGUGUACACUCAAGGAACUGCAGUUUUUGGCUCUUCUGCAUCUGGUGUUUGCCACAAAAACACUUUUGCACUCCGUACACUGAGCAGUGACAACACUGAACUGCAUCAGUUUGUCCAGAAAAUAGGCCCUGUUAGAGCAAUCUAAAAAUGCCAUUCAUGGACACAGGCCCUCACUUUAUUACAAUAACAAUCUCUUUCUCACAAGAGUAUGACUUUAUUCCCUUACAACUUCAUUCUUUUUAUUUUAUAACUUAAUCACAUGAAGUCAGUUUUUAAUCAACCUAACUUUACGACUUUUAGGAAAAGUUCAGAAAAAACUUCAUUCAUGUCAUAGUUCAAUAUUAUUCUCUCACAACUAUAAUCUUGCACUAAAAUGACGUCUUUCUUGAGAUAUUAGUUUUUUCUUACUUAUUUGGUCGGAAAGCUUCAUUGUAGGACAAAAGAAAAGAAGGAAGUGUCUUCCUGUGAAUAUUUCAGUGUUUGAGAGUCCGAGCAGGUUAUCAGUUGGUGGUUCGAUGCAGCAGAGAUUAAAUGCAAAGAUGAUUUUUGGGAAACUCAGUCACCUCCCAUUAGCCAACACAGGAAAUACAUAACAUGAAAGCUCUUCAAAAUAAAAGUAUCUGUGCAUGAUGAAUUAAAAAUUCUAAUCAUUUUAGCCAACAGCUGAGCUGUGAUGCAUGCUGUUAUCAACACCUUGCUGCUUCUGCCGCCAUUUUGAAUCCAGUUUACGAAAAGAGGAGUUUGAGGAGGUUGGGUUAUAAAAGCUGUCUCUUACUGACCACCGUAGCUAAGUUCUCUUUUUUUUUGGAUGUCCUCGAUUAAUAAUGGACGGAGAGAUCUGAUGAGGAGUAGAGAAGGAACAAACCAAUCACAAUCCACCGCACUGCCUCUGAGAAAGUCUUCCAGUUUGGGGAGUAUGGGGUUGGACUGGGGGGGAUGGUAGAGAUGAACAGAGACACUCUCCACUGUUUCUCCCUCUGGUCCAGAGAGAUGUGAAACGUUUAAGAUGAGUGAAUGCUUUGCUGUCCACAUGUCUGUAAACGCACCACACCACUCAAAGGGAAUGUUGUGAUAUGAACGUCCUUCCUGUCUAACCUGCUUCUGAAAAUCACAGACAGGAAACACACUGAGGGAAACAGCUUUUACUAUAGAAACAUAACAUUAAAAACGUAAUACAGCAGCUUUAACAGGACCAUUAAAGUCUAAAUGUGAAGCCAAAGGUUCCUCUUAAAUCUUUUUUCGAUCUCUGGAGAGUUUUUGGAUUCAGCAGAAACUCAGAGUUGGUGGUGAUUGAUGGGAUUCAAAUCAGAUCAUUUCCAAAAGUUGCUUUUAAGUAAUUGUAAGAAAUUAACUUUCAAGAUUUGUCAAUAUUAAGUUUUUAAAGUUAUUUUUGGCAGAAUCUGUUUGUUUAAUGAAGUUAGUGGAGUAUGUUUCCAUUUGGUCUUUAAUGUGUGACAGAUAUUUGUAGUAUGGCUGGUAAGUUAGUUUUGUUAGUUUUAAAGGUCCCUCAGUGACGUUGGUUUGUUUUUCGUUUGUCUGUUUUUAAGGUUUGUAAGUUUGUACUUUCAGAGGUGACAUGGUUUUUUAGACAUGAAAGUCACAUAGGUUUGUUUUCUUAGAUUCGAAAGUUAUGUUUUUCUUUAUUUUGGUUCGUAAGUGAGGCGUGUUUCCUUCUUGGAAAGAAGAAGCGACAGAUGGUGCGUUAGUAGGGCGUGUUUGUUUUUAAGUUUGUUUUUUGAACACUUGUUUGUGACGUGUUUGUAUUUUGGGAUCAUAAGUAACGUAUGAUCCAUUUUUUAAGAUCACUGCUGACUUAGGCUUGAUUUUAAAGGUGUGCGACAUUUUUUUUUUAUAAGUUUGUAUUUUUUUUAGUUUCCCAAAUAUUCACUGUAAACGUCUUACUUGGCUGCUGCUUUUAUUAUUGGAACUUGAAUUUGCCCUUUUUACUGCUGUAGUUGUUAGCUGUUACUCUGGAUGUUUUUUAAUUGUCACUAACCCUGACUUUAAUUUCUAUAGACCAAUCAGACAUUUUCCAGAUCACCACCAGCUUUAAUGUCAGAGAUCUUACAGGAUGUGGCUCAUUUUUAACUUAACCCUUUCAUUGUGAAGGAUUAACUGUAGUUUGCACCGUCGGACUGUCAGCAGAAGGGAUCAUACAGCAUCAGGUUUGGACUCUAUGGACUGAUAAAGCUGCUUUAUAUGAUGAUCUGACUGAAGGGUGAAUUUAACUUGAACAGGAAACAUCUGAGAACAUCUGAAAGUUUGUUUCUGUAAUUUAAACGUGUUCUCACCUAUUUGGGGAGUCUUUGUGUGACCUUAUUUUUGUUCAAACACUCAAACACAAAGUUUUGUUUAAAUGUUCUCAGAUCUUUUCUGCUGAAUCAUGAGAGGUAUUUUUUUUAAAGCACAAACUCUGAUCAACCCUACAGUAAUGUCCAAAUUUAACUCAAACUUGAUGCCACCUGAUGAUGCAUUCAGGUACUGUAGGACAAAGCAUCCACAGGACAAGAUUGCCAUUAUCAGUUUGAACAAAUUUGCCAAAAGUCAGAAUUUCAGGACACGAAUUGAAAAGAGGACCUGAGAAUGAUUUUUGUCAGCUCUUUAGUCAGCUGAAGGCAGCAUUUGUGUGUAAGCUGUGCUCUCAGAAGUGGGGGAGACAGAAAGGACACUCUUCAGUAAAAGUCUGUGAUAACAGAGAGCAGCAGGUCGACUCAGAGGCUUAAAUUCAUCCAUGUACAUAAAAACGCGGCAAGUGUGAAAUGAUCUGAACUCAGAUCUACGAGACGACCCACUGCUCUCUCUGAAACCUAAUCCAAAAAUUACAAGAGGCUCGGCCUGUGGGGAGCGCUGUCGCUGUUGCUUAAAAUGCUCAAAAUGAUGAUGUCAUAACCAAGCGACAGAGGGGCAAGGCAAUGAGGAGCGGCCGCCAUGUUGACACGUCUUUAAAGAACCUGAAGCGUUUGCUCUUUCUUUGUGUUUGCUGAUGUUUGCACCUUUUCUGAGACACCUUCAUAUAUCGCAUCAUAUAUUAGAGAAAUCAUCGCAAAUACGCAGCAGGAUGAAAAAGAUGAUUGAAAAUAAAAAAAGGAUGAAAUAAAAGUUCAGUGUCGGUCUCUUUUUUUCUCAGGUGUCUGUGUCUAAAUCUAACAUUCAGAUUUUAUCAAAGAACUAAAUAUUUACAACAGGUAUCCCGAGCCACCUCAGCUUUAGGGCAGAAUAAUUGUGGGUGGGACAGAAGCUGCGUCCGAAUUGCCAAGUAGUAGUCGAAGUAGAAGUCGAAGUAGUAUCUAGCAUGUCCGAAUUGGCCACCGGAGCGAGUAGCAUGCUACUUCAGAUACUACUUCAGAUACUAGACACGCCCACAUUGUAGGUUGGUCUCGGUGCAUCCUACGGGCAUGCUACUGACCCAAAAUGCACCACGGGCUUCUUCUUGGUCGUCUUUCCCCACCGCUCGUCUAGUGUGUCCGAAUUGGGCCAACGUGUUUAGUAUGUAGGAGUAGGAUCUAGCAGUAGCACGUAGCAGUAGCAUGUAGUAUCCGAGCGGGCAGUUCGGACGCAGCAAGAGUCUCUGAUAAAGUCCUGGUUUGGGGUCUGGACUCCUGACUCUUUAAUGGCUGCAACCUCAUAGAAACAUCCAGAACUUGGUCAUGAACUUAUCUCACUUUUACUAGAACAUUAAUAAACUUAAUAAGGGAAAAUGUAUCGUGAACAGGUGGUUCUGCAAAUCAGAGUCCGGGCAGAGUAAGCUGGACAAUAGGAGGAGACUCAAAGUUGGUUCCUUUAACUUGUUUUAACUCCCAUCGUUUGCUUACAGACAACAAUGGAUCAGAAGUUGAGAGUAAAGUAAUAAGAAUUGUGAGAACAAAGUCUCAGAGAGUGUUAAUUUUGAUGAAUUCAGGGGAUGUGUUUAGGCCAUCGAGUUGAGGCUGCUGCCCCUCCAGUCAGCCAACAUUUCAGAGUUGGUGAAGCUUUUACUUAAGUCAUCAAAUACAAGAAUGACAAUGUCGGACACAAAUGCCAAACAGACACCAUUACAGCAAGCCUGUGUGAGGAGAUGGAAACAUUUUCCACUAAGGAGGAGAAACCGACAUUCAGUCAGUGCCUCAGAAAUAUUAAAAUCGAUAUGAGUUUCACUGAAAACAAACUAAAAGAGGUUAAAUUUCAUGAUAAAAUAAAUCUGAUGAUCCACCUCCUUCCUGCUGCAGCAGUCCCCACAAUCCAAGUCCAAUAAAAGACUAAAUUCAAACACUGUGAAGAUCCAUGAAGUCUGUGCCAUCCAGCUCAAGUGGUCCAUGAAGGCAGGAUUUAGAUUUUUCUUCUUUCUCAGGUGUAAUCAGGCUUCAGCGUUAAUGCUGCUGAUAAGGCCUGACCUUUUCUGCUCCUGAACUGCUCCCAGAAUCUGUUUUUUAAAGUUGGGUCCGUAGGUCAGUGUAGCCUUGUACCCUAUGCAGAGGCCUACAAUGCAUGCCUCCACGUUGAGACAGGGUGGACUACAGGCCCUGUAAUUAGUCUGCUUGACAGCGGACAUUUCUGGUAUUGCCUCUGUCCUCCAUCCUCAUCCUCAGCAGCCAUCCGUCUGACCCAGAAGCAUACACUAGGUCAGAGGCGAAACUGUUGGUUAAAUCUGAGACAGACGGUGAUGAUCAUUUUUAAACAAACAUCCAUGUUAACAGUUAAAACAACUGAAGAAUUAACUCUUAGUAAACAGACCUAAGCAACAGCCUAAUGUUUAUACUGGGGUUUCUAAACCACCUUCAGUUACUGCAGGAGAAGUGUCCUUACUGCCACAGCCCUAUGAGCAAGACCUGCCUGAGACACUACUGUACUACAAAGUCAGUACUUAGAGUCAGUAACGUGUACAGUACACAGUCCGGCUCCCAGGUUUCUGCUCUAGAUUCUGACUCCAAACAUCUUACAUGAGAAAAAAGGUGAUGGACUAUGGAGUGCUACUGUUUCUGUACCUUAACCUGACCUCCAGUCUUAUCAUAAAAUCUGUUGCUGUAUCAGUGUGAGUUUCAAUGCAGAGUCUGUGUUUGUAGGAUCAGCAGAGUCAGACCUGCUCCAAAACCAUCAGAGUCUGUGGUGGGGUCACCAGUCUCCUCCUGAUGUGUUUCUGUGUUUUAUUAAAAGAUGGCUGUUCAUUCCUGAAGGGCAGUGAACACAGAGUGUAUCAGACAGGUUAAAAGCUCAGAGCAUCCGUCCACUCUGCCGCAGAAUGAAAACACUCAGCUGCUGGUUUCCACUUCACAAGCCCGUCUGAUGUCUUAAGAGCUGCUCCACCUCAUUCAACUUUAACGAGGAGACACAAAAACAUGACUCUGCUGCUGCCGAACGAGGCUGAAACCAUCAACCGACAUGAGGACCAACAGAGGAGAGAGAGAAGUGGACGAUCUGAAAUGUCCCCGCUGUCAAAAAGUUGCUGAAAUACUUUAGAAGACAAGUUUAAAUGAUGAGAAGAUCAUUGAAGAGUCUGUAAAAGUCUUUAGUUGGAGUUAUGAAAGUCAAGGCCUUGAAAUGCCUUAAAAAGUCUUAUUUUCACUCAUGCGAGGUUUUUUAAUUCUGCAUUGCACUUGAAUCCAUUAAUGUCUAAAUUCUUAAUCAAAUCCACACUUCCUCAUCAAUAUUACAUGACUUUUCAAUAGUCCUAUCAUGUGUAUUUUAUUAAUCACAUGACUAUUUUCUGCUCUCAGACCUGAUCUUUAAUGACCGUAUCUCUCUCUAUCUCUUUCUCUCUCUCAGGGUGUAUUUCAAACCUACUCUUUCAAAACAUAUUUAAUUUACAGUUUUAGAUUUUACAUUAACAUAGCAGAGUAGGAGAGAACCAGAACUUGAUCAAAAGUCCACCAGAGCUCAGAAACCAGCUGGAAUACAACGAUAUGACAAGGAAAAAGUUUUUUUUUUUUUUUUUUGAUUAAUUAAUUCUUUUUAAAUUUGAAUACAAUAUUCUUUUACUGUUAACUUUGACUUCAGUCUUAAAUGUCAGCAGUUUAUUCAUAAUUAUGUCUCGUUGAUGGAUCAAUAGUUUGGUCCUAAUGUAACUCCACAUAAAAAAAAAAAAAAAAAAAAACUUUUUUCUUUGAUUUAAGGCUAUUAUUAUGAUUACAGCCCAACCCAUCACCAUCUAAUGACUGACACUCAUAAGAUUUCCUCUGGAGUCAUGGUUGUAUUCUGCACUAACAGUCUGACACCACUAGGGGGAGACAACACAUUAGGGUUUUACUGAAAGGUCCAUUUGGGCCGGACUAAAUUUUACACACAAGGGUGCGCCAAAAUGCACAUAAUCAAAGUUUAUUACCGGAGCUUUCUGUUCGACCCUCAGAGCUUUUUUCUAUAAUAUUUUAUUCCUACUGUUUAACUGGUUGCACACACUAACAUUUAUAGAGCUAAUUAUUUCUAUUAUAUAUCUAUAAAAGUCUGUUUUUUUAUUAUUAUUAUUAGUAUGUGUGAUAGACUCGCAGCAUAUACUGUGGGUGAUCUUUAUCCAAACACUUUUUUUUCUUUUUGUACUUUUACUCUAAAAACAUCAGUGUCACGAUCUCUAACACGAACUUGGUCCAGCUUUAACAUUGCAGACAGGUCUGAGGACUUCCUAGUGUGCUGCCAAAGCUCAUAAUCAGCCUGUUUGCAGAGUCAGUCUGUAAACAGUCUGAUCAUAGUCCAUGCUGUGAGGAAAUCACCCUGAUCGAUGUCGCAACAGUCUGUGAGGAAGAGGAGGAGGAGGAGCGAGUACCGGAAUACAGUCAGCCUCCACUUCCUACAUAUAGUCACAGAAAAAACACACAGACAUCGCGCACAGCUGCAUUGAGUCCAGUUUUUGUCGUUUUUCAGAGCUGAUAUUUUAACGUAGAAAGUUCAGCUGAACUCCUGACAGUCUGAUUAAACUUCACUCAGGCAGUUUGUAACUCUGAAAUCCCUGUUUUGGUCCCUUCACUUCUUCGUUGGUUUAAAUAAGUUAAUUAGCGCGUGCCUCUGACCCGUGCUCGUUAAUUAUCCGGACAGCUUCCCCGCCCGCCGCUGGAAGUCUUCCCAGACAGCCGGGGCCGCAGCCCGGAGCUCCGCCGCCGUUACUCCCGGAGAUUUACAGCUGUGAUCGAGUCCUGACACGGGGCCGUUAAUCAUCAGCGUCCCGCUGCUCGCGUUGCUGCGGUGCUAACCGGGGGGUGAGUGUGUUAGUGCGUGUCAGUUGCAGGACUGUGGCUCGUCAGUAAACACAGACAGACCUGGGAUACCCCCACAGAGUCCCACGGACGAUCUUGGUCCUGCCCCGCCCCCGCUCUGGCUCCUGCCCGGUUCAUCUCCUACUGCCUAAGGAGACGCACCGAUCUGCAGCCCCGGCUGGUUCAACCCUCCCGGACUAACACCGAGUAGACCUGCCAGACCUGCCGUCAAUGUGAGUCACCUUCCUGUUUUGUUUGUUUUCCUUAAUUCUCUUCUUUUGUGUGUGGAGUUUGGUACUAACCUGUAGUAAAACGGGCAAGGAAAAAAAAUCGAAUUUAAAUGUGAUUUUGAGGUUUUAUUCACUAAAAGUCGAUGUGAACGAAAGCUUAACAGAUCAUCUCUACCGUGUUAUCCCAGGACACCCCCAUGUCUUCCGUUAACUCACACUGAGAGUCCAGGUAGCAGAUACUCAUGAUUAAAUAUCUCAAUUUAUUGUUUCGUGUGUGUAUCUCAUAUAUACACACAAACUGAAAGUAAAAUGACACAUGAUUAUCAAACAUUAUUAUGUAAACAACACUUCGGCUCACAAACAUUUCAUCAGCCUCCUCUAAGGUCUUCAUAUUCAUUACUUUUAUCCAGCGUUUGCCUGCUAUCCCAACAGACUCAAACGCAUUGCCGGAGUCAUAAAAGUUGGCAUUUGUUUGGGUGUAGUGUUGCUUGCUGAAUAAUUAAUGAUUUCACCAUCAGAUCCUUAAAUUUGAGAUUUUCUUUUAAUUUUGUAAAAAGUGUAAUUGGAUUCGUUUAUUCAUAAAGGAAAAUUAAGAAUUAAGCAUUUUAAAGCACAUUUUCUGCACCCAGCUUGUCAGUUAGCAGCAUGAGUGGUCCCCAUCGAUCCAGUCUGAUAAUCAGAUUAUCGUCAAUCAGAUCAGUUUGGGGACUCUGCAGUGAUCAGCAGAAAGCACUGCAGUCCACCUGCCUCUUCAUCUUCAUCUUCAUCAUCAGCAGCAGCAACAUGAGACAGCUGAAUGAAUGAAAAGAUUAUAAAAACAUUAGGCAGAGGGAUGAAGUUACUCUCUUCUUACAAUCAAAUACCUGUUGUAGUUACACUUUUAAAUAAAAAUGUCUCCUUACAGAAACUUCUAUCAAAAUAAUUAUAAAUUCAGGAAAGGUUUUCCUUUCAUGUAAAAUUAGUCAAAAAUGAGCUCUUAAGACAAAACGCUCUGAUGGGAAACAACUGCUCAAAGAAGACAAAGUAAAAAACAAGUCUUCGAUGAGACAUCGGCAUUAGAAAAUAUCAGCCUUUAGAGUAGAUUUUUUAACUUGGUUAGGACCAAUACAUUUCUAUUUGUUUGGAUCUAAAUGAAGAAUAUGCACAACAAGUUUCAGAACCACUUUAAUGGACUGUUUUAGACUGCUGCACUGAAAUGAGGUGUAAUGACUUCAUUAAAUCUUAGGGACAAAAUGUUCCUGAUUAAAGCUGGUCCACUAAUACUUAUUGUUGUGUCUCUGAGAGGCUCAGGCUGUUCUUCAGAUGAAUGUAUUUGCUACCCUGGUGCAGGAAAAGCCCAUUUCAGUCAGACAGUCCACAUUGUAAUAAUUUUUAAUGUUUAUUGAAGAAGCUGAACAUUGUUGGUUUUCAUUGUCCUGGCUCUAACCUCACCACUUUUUGCAGUUUUGUUUUGUAAAUGCAGAAACUGAGGAGGGAUGAGCUACUAUUUCAAAUCCCCAGCCUGUAGAUGGAUGCUGUGGUGGUGGCAGGGCUGGAAAUUCAAACAGCAUUCAUGCAUGGCAGCAGUGGCAGAGGCAGAGACUGGGGAUUUACAGAUGCAAAAACGAAGUGCAAACUUAGGAAGACAAGUUUGUCGGGUGAUUGUUAAAAGAGGACAGAUCAAAUGUGAAAUCAGUGCCACUCACAUGGCCUGUCUGAACUAGCCCACAGGCUGUGCUGAAUUUGUGAAGAUUUUCCUAAAUUCUUGAGAUUGGUCCAUAAUGCUAAACCAAACUUCAUUCAAAUAAACACCUAUUUAUGAAUUAUUCCAUCCCUAAUACUCAGACCCUGUGGUGAUGGGUACAGUAAAAGUGAGACCCAGAAAAGGGGGGGCACAGUAAAAUUGAGACCCAGGGGAAUCAGAUCCAGUGCAACUCAGACCUUGUGGAGAUGGAUACAGUGGAAUUGAGACCCAGUGGAGAUGGAUAAAGUAAUACUCAGACCAUGUGAUGAUGGAUACAGUGAAUCUGAGACCCAUCAAUGACAGAUAUAGAAAAUCUACGACCCAGAUGAAACAGGUAUGGUGAAAUUGAGACCAGGGGAAGGCAGGCACAGUUAAACAGAGACCCAGAGGAAUCUGACACAGUGCAAUUCAGACCUUGUGGAGACAGAUACAGGGAUACUGAGACCCAGAGGAGACAGACACAGUUACUCUGAGACCUUGAGAAACUUGGACCCUUAGAAACUGAUACAGUAAAACUGGGACCAAGGGGGAAAGAUACAGAGAGACAGAGUCCUAGUUGAAACAGAUACAGUGAAACUGAGACCCAGCACAGACAGAUGGAGCAAACUCUGAGACCUUAGAGAGGCAGAUACUGUGAAAUUGAGACCUAGUUGAAAUAGAUGCAGUAAAUGUGAGACAUUUGAGGCAGAUGGAAAGGUUUUCCUCAGCUGAAACAGAAAAAUCCAGGUACAGAUUCCACCGGUAACAGGUCUUUAAACUGAGACCUGAUCAGCUUCAUGUAAGAGGGGUUAACCCGCUGACAGAUCUUAGGAAAUAAUUUUUUAGAUUUAUGAUUCAUUUUGAUCUGAAACUGCUGUAAUAAAUGUCUCUUUAUUAAACAGUGUCACAGAAAUGUUCUGAUUGGUGGGUUUCUCACCGUUUUUCAGGUUUAUGAUGAAGACUGUAAAUAAAGUGUAAAUGAAGUGUGCAGCUGUCAGUGAUGAUGCUGAGUGAUCAUCAGAGAGGGAAACUGCUGACUGUUUAUAGGAGAGCUCCUGAAACAGACCAAUAAACUACCCAGAAUCCAGUGGGGCUGGUCUUGGGGGAGGGUCAAUUGUCAUCUCCUUACCUGUGGUACUCAACACACCCGUACAAACAACUGACACAGACACACGCAGACGGCUCAUCCAGCAUUAUUGAGCCUCAUAUGCUGUUGUGGUGUGUGUGUGUGUGUGUGUGUGUGUGUGUGUGUGUGUGUGUGUGUGUGUGUGUGUGUGAUGAAUGAGCUUGUUGAGCAGCUUCUGCUCUGUAUGUCCCUCCUGGGAUCAACUAGCUCUGCCUGAUCGUCCACCAUGACACAUUCUCUCUCCGUCUGUCUGUCUUCGCUUCUCUCCAUCCUCUCUUCUUUACUUUUUGAAAACUCUCUCUCCAAAUCCUCCCAAAGACCUCUGGACUUCAGAAGAGAAUUUAAAAAUGUGACUGAAGUGGAGUCUAUGAAACCAUCUCUGACUUUUAGUGCCAGACAAGGAGCACACAGGUUUUUUAAAAGUAGAUAAUUUGAAUGGAGUUCAUCUGUUUUUGAUGCAAGUAAAAUAAUGCAAGUAGUAAAAUACAUUACAAUGUGAUAUCAUACAAUGCAACAUGAAAAGGCAUGAUACAGUAUGUUGCAGUAUGAUAUGAUGUGAUACGAUAAAUUACUGUAAAACACCAAACAAUACGAUACAUGAUACAAUACAAAAGGUACUGUAGGAUAUGAUGAAUAACAAUAAGACACUUCAUGACAAAUACAAUAGGAUCUGUAGUCAGAGGUUACAAACUUCAUCAGAUGGUAUGACACAACUCAACAUGAUAAAAUACUGUAUGAUAUUACAUGAUAUAAAAACUCAGUACUUUACCGUACAGGAUGUUAGAUGCAAUACUUAAUAUGACACUAUUAAAGAUGGGGUAGGCAGGAUCUGUGGAAGAGCCAGUUUUUGGGAGAAAUCUUGAAUGUAAGCUCUACCCCUUCCAACCAGUUUUCCUCUCAGCUCCUCCUCUCCCCUCCCUCUCUUUUCCAGAAAGCCUUACCCACAAACAGAUGCUCUGCUCACUCAUAUCGUUUCAAUUAAAUUCAGAUAUGUUGCUGAUAAAUACUUCUGAUGAUUACAAAUGGGGCCCAGUCAACGUGAAAGUAAAAAGCAUUGGUGCAACUGUAGAUGCCAACAGACUACAAGUAAAACAAAAUUUAUGAUAUUUGGGAACCGUAAAAUAUAUACAGAUGUUAAACUGAACAUUAACGAUAGAGAAAUUGAAAGAGUGUCAGAAGCAAAAUUCUUGGGUGUCACGUUGGACCAAAGACUGAACUGGAAAACUCAUAUAAAUCAUGUUAAAUCAAAAUUAGCAAAAUCAAUUGGCAUAAUUUACAAGGUAAAGGAUUUAUUGAACCAGUAUGCCUUAUAUAUUUUGUAUUGCUCAAUUGUAGUCCCAUAUAUCACCUACGGCCUGGAAAUAUGGGGAAAUGCAUACCCUACCCAUAUGCAACCUAUCUUCAUCUUGCAAAAAAGAGCAGUACGAAUUAUCACCAAUUCAACUUACAGGGAACCAUCAAAUAAAUUAUUCAUUAAAUUAAGAGCAUUAAAAUUUAAGGACCUGGUGGACUACAAAAUAGCACAGACCAUGUACAAAGUACAUAAUAAUUCAUUGCUGUGUAAAAUUGUCAAUAUGUUUAAAAAAAGGGAAUGUAGGUAUGAGCUCCGUGGGACACAUUUGAUGGAAAAAAUAAAAACUAGAACCAAGACCAAAGAACAGUGUACUUCAGUUAAAGGUGUGAAUUUAUGGAAUGCCCUUGACGAUGAAUUAAAAACGUGUCAGACUAUUCACAAAUUCAAAUCGUUGUUUAAAAGCAAGGUGAUCGAAAAUUAUAGAAAUAAUGAUUGAGGUUACGGAUUAAUUUAUAUUCUGGAUUUAAUUUGAUUAUUAUUAUUUUUAUUUAUUUUUUUCUUUCUUCUGAGUCAUCUUUUAUUCUUUGUUUUGUUGAUGUGUUUUGUUUUUGUUUUCUAUCUAACGUGUGGAGUAAGAUGUUUUGAAUAUUUUGAUUUAGUAAGAAGGAUAGGCGUUAAUAAGCUUUUGCUUCAGCCUAUGCCUUUUCGGUCCGGUUUUCUUUUUCUUUUCUUGUAAUUUACUGUAUAUAUUGAAUGGAUAUGACCAGAUCGAAAUAAACUUCAUGCUUCAAACUUCAAACUACCAGCAAACACAAUGUUUGCAGAACUUCUACAACUAAAGUGACAUACUCCAGGACCCGAGCUAAACAGUUUAGCAGCACUGCAACACGCAGCAGGUCCCGUUUGACAAGAAACACUUCUGUUAUAGACACUUGGCUUACUUUGUUAAGUGGUUUACCUGUCCAGCAGAAAGGUUACAGGGUCCGCAAGAUCCCGAAGCAUCCCCCAUCAUUUAUGCUGAUGUUGACCCAGCGUCUUAGCUCUUGUCCUGUCUACCUCCUUUUUAAGCGCCCAUUAUUUCGCCAGAGUCUCCAGUAUUUACUUUGUUUUAUUGAUUGUUUUUUCCGUACUUCCUGGUUGGUUUCUACUGUCCGAUAUUGUAGCACACCAACUUUGUUUGGGCUUGUGCACAACUUGCCCCACAACAUGAGGGAGCAGCGUCUGCCUCACAACCAGCCAGCUUGGGGGAGGUGGAGAACAGCUUUGUUUACAGUCAGGAAGAGCGGGCGGCUCAAAAAAUGUUAAAUUUAGACUACAGAGACAUUACAGAACACAGCGAUAUUGGUAUAUUCCCAAAUGUCAUCAAUAACUAACAGCUAUUGACUGAUAUUAAAAGCUUUUUUGUAUACAUACCACAAAAAAGAUGCUUCUUUAACAGAAUCCUGCCUACCCCACCUUUAAGGCUGUGGUGACAUCAGAUUUUUGCCUCACUAUUAUCAUGGAAACAUCACAACUGUACUAUAUUAUAACAGUAUUUUACUGAGAACUGGAAAAUAGAACGACAAAAUCAUCAGCCCUGUAACAGAAGCGUCUUUGUCUCUUGAAACAAUAGUUUUAUUUUGAUAUUUUUCUCUCCUUUGUUUUUGUUGCCUUAUUUCCUUUAUGCUGUUUCUGUAUAAAUAAGUCUUGGUAAUUAAUAACCUGAAGAGGCAAGAGCUCUAACAUUAUGAAGUUUUAAAAUGUUGGAUUAUCCUUCAGAGGGAUGCUAAAGCUAGCUCACUGGCAGUCUAAUACUUCUUGUUCACCUCUCUGUGACAUGACGUAAAAUGUAUUACAUAUGUAACAUAUGAUUAAUAUGAGAAUCUCUGCUACAGUAAAUGUAUGAUAUGAUUGGAAACUUGAUGAACCAUGAUGACAAUAAUAUAAUGAGAUUAGAUAAUAAUUGAUGUCUUGACCAGGACAGCUGAAAAAUUGUAAAAACAAGAGACAGUAAGACAAGUUAAAGGGUUUUAAAAAAUUCCUCUUCUCUUUCUCUAAAAAACAGAAACUGGUUUGACAUGAGAGUAAAUGCAUCAGACGGAGAGAUGGAGAGAACGUAAAAGAGAGGUGAAGGUCAUAAUCAUCCCUCCAUCUCAUUUCCUAUAAAGAGCAGAUUAAUCCACCUUCGUCCAUCAGACUCUGCUGCUGCAGCAGAUUUAUGGUGGGGGGUAGGAGAGGGUGAGUGGGGUGGAGAGGGAACCAGGUUACAGAGGAAACUGUUUUCAAAGCUCUGUGGUGAUCUUGGAGACUUGUCGACUUCCUCUCUGAACUUUUUUUCUACACACAGAAACAGCGUCAUCUGAUCAGAGCUGCUGAAUGGCCUUUAAAACAGUCCUUUGUCAUUUCAUUAGAAGUGCUCACAUGAAUAGAGUUGUCUUCUUUACUUCAGAAAACAAAAUGAAGCUAAACUGAACCUCAUAAACCACAGACAGAUAUGUCAGUGUGACUUUGGAAAGUUUUUGCAGGAAGUCUUUCUUCACAUUUUCAUGAGCCUGUUUGAAAUGCUUGAUUUUUAUCUGUGUCACACGGAAGAGGAUGAAGCUCAGAGCUGCUUCUUCUGGAGUAUUUGCUUUACUUUUUUUGUGUCCCUCAUAGGGCUGGGCGAUAUGAGAAAAGGUUUGUCAUGAUGCAUUUUUUUCACAUAAGUCGAUACCGAUAUAUAUCAUGAUUUCAAAAAUGAAAUUUAACAGUUUUUAUUGGUAGCAUGUCUUUUCCAAUACAAUUAUCUACUGCAUCUGUGAGGUGUUUGUGUCUCUUAGACGUUUUGCACAAGAGAAAGCGGACUGAAUGUUCGGCUGUUUUCUGGGUUAAAGUGCCAUAGUUGGGUGUAGCUGCUGUCUGCUACUACGCAGUUGUUUGCUAUCCGGUUCUAAUUCAGCAUAUGAUUGGUUCAGCAUGAAGCAGACCCGCAGGAACUCUCCUUUUCAUUGGCUAUUCAUUUCAUCUACCGAAACAUGGCAGAAUGCUGACUAUUAAAAAGCAUAUUGACCAUGUUUUAUAUUGAUAUUGUGGGAAAUUAAUUUUUGAUAUCUAUCGUUAUCGUUUUAUUGCCCAGCCCUAGUCCCUCAUGUUUCUUUGUGAAUGAGCAAUGUGAUUUGAAGAUCGUCUCCCCCUCUUCCAACAGCACAUCUGUAAUCUCUCUCUGAGAUGCUGUAAAAGCUGAUAUUCAGUUUUUAAUCUAAUUUACACCAAGUGAGGAAACUUUGAGUCAGAACAGUAUAAGAGGAAAGAGAUGAUUUGAUACCACCUGCUGACUCCCUCUCCAUCUCUCCUCAGGGCGUCCUUUGUCUCCUCCCUCCUCUUCUUCUUCAUCGCUGUGGUUGGACUCACUCCAGCUGUCAGUCAGUCCAGCGAGCCUGCAGGUAAGUCUGAAAUCUGGACUCUGUUGGGAGCAAAAAUCAUCAAGGAAAUCAUGCUUGAUGAACACGCCAAGAGAGCAGCUUAGUCUAAAAUCUGCUGUUAAAGAAGCAUAAAAACACCUCCUCCUCCUUCUCCCUGACCUUGAUAUUAUAAAAGUAGCAUUUUCAGCAUCGUCUGCUUUCAUGCCUCCUGCAUGUGUGUGAGCAGUUUCCCCCCCCAGGUGAUGGGAAAUAAAAAUAUGAAAUAUGAUCCUGAUAAUAUGUUCUCCCUCCCACAUUGUGAACCUACAGAAGGUAAAAAAAUCUUCCUCUUCAUUUGGUGCAACUCUGCAGAAAGCGAGGUUAAUUAAAGCAGAGGCCCUCGUCCCGCGGGGCGAGGAAUGGAUGGUUCCAGGGAGAGGAGGGUCAUUUGUAACACUGUCUAAGUAUGGAGGGGGAAGACGAGGGUGGAGGGGGAGGCAGGGGAGGACAGUGGGAGGUCGCUUUAGAGGAGGAUGGAUAGAUGUGAGGAAAGGAGAAGGUAGAUGGAUGGAGUUGAUGGGCUGUGGGUGGAUGAGGUUAUGUAAAACUGAAUCUUUGGGGGUUUGGGGUUAUUUCACUAACAAACUGCAGGAUGGAUUCUGUAAGUAUGAAUAUGUGUAAUGAGCCGUGGGUUCACAUUAGAGCAGGGGGCCAUGCAGAUUUAUUUUUUAAGUUCUAAGAAGUUAAUCUUAACCUCUGCGUUUAAAAUAAUAUGAACUAAUGAGUAACAUUAGACCUGAUGGAUUCCUUGUUGCAGUACCAUGAACGACCACCGGGAUUAAUUUGCAGGAACGGCAACUCAAUGCAGCAUGUCUUUUUUCCCCAGGUGGGUCGUUUAAAUCUGACUCGUUACAGUAAAGAUGGACUUGUGAAAAUUUGGCCUCUUGCUGCUCUUUACCGUUUGGGUUCUUGAACAGACCGUUGAAGGUUAUUUCUGCUGCUUCUGCUGUUAAAACUGAAAAAACUGUCAGCUCUAACCUGGGGAUUCCACCGCAUGCAGAUCCGCUCUCUUCUGGAAAGGCAGGCAGAUCAAAAACGCAAGCAUACAGCGCCCACCAGCUCUGAUCCGCUGCUGAAAGAGGAGGAGAUGCGCUUGCAAUAUUACCAAUAAUUCUCACGAGACUGGACAAGAUCUCACGAGAUAUCAUGUGUUUCACCAUGAGACAUUGAAUGAGAUCAGCGGUGUAUAUAAACACCCACAUUCCACAACCUUGGCCUCUCCUAUUAACAUGUGAAAAACAGUUUAACGUAUUGACUUUAUUUUGGCCACUUAAUUUUGGCUACUUUUAGCCGCAUACAUGCUGCAUACAACUUCUGCUGCUGCUCAUGCUGUGCUGCAUGGCUGCAGUGUCCGGCAAAAAUAAAACCCUUGCGUAUCUGAUCCGACCACCGGAGCGGAUCCGCAGCAAAGCUGGAUGGUGGACGGAUUGUGUGGAAUCACCCACAUUGAUUAUAAUGCUUGCGUAUUUGAUCAGGCUGCUGUUCUGGAGCAGAGCGCAGCGCAGCCGUUCCGUAUCCUGUGGAAUUUAGCCGUAACAGGUAACAUCAGCAUGCCUGUUUCCUGCCGGUGUCUCCUUCAAUCACAGAGGUAGGAAAAGCAAAUUAUCCAACAAGGUGAGGAGUACAUGUCAGUUAUGAAGGACCCAGCUUCUUAAAGGAGCAGAGAAGGUCAGGCCUCACAAAGCUAAACGAUCGGGAUCAUUAUGAAGAGCCUGAGUUUUCACUACCAGCAGCCUUCACGCUGAGGUCUUUUAUUGGACUGGGAUCACAGGGACCUUCUCUGCUGCAGCAGGGCGGGAGCUGGAUCACUGAACUUCCGACUCGUGUUGCUUGUCUGAUUUCUAAAGCUCAUCAGGGCAGAGGUUCAAAGUGACCUCACUGAUGUGGACCACUUCCCUGCAGCCACUCACGUGAGGUUAAUCUGACUCUUUCCAUGAGCCAUACUUUGAGUUCUCUGACCUCAGACUGGACUUGAAAAUUAGGUUGUCUCUGAAUCACACAUUGACUCUGCAGCAGCUCUCCAUGGCACAUCUGAUGAUCUUUGGAAGAAGCUGGCCUGUAUAACAACAAACAAUGGGGCAAACAUCGUUGCAGCAGUGAAAAAAUGAACUGGCUGUGGCUGGACUGCUUUGGACAGAACUUACGCUUGGCAGUGACAAACACAAUGGCAAGCUUUAAGUAUGGCACAGCCCAAGCAGAGGGCCUGAGCCACACCUCUGCGGGAGAGCUUGCCAAAACACAAGCAGAGCUCCAAGUCCUGCAACACAGGCUUGUCAUGUUGAACUGCAAAGGCUGUGAUCCUAUUAGAGCUCUAAAGUUCGUAUUCGUGAGACAGCAGUGCACUUUUUUUAAUUACGAAAAAGGAAAAAGUCACUGAAGAAACAUAAAGUGAUAUUUGUUUUUAAAAGUGCAUAUGAGCCAUUUCUAGAGGGAGCAGUUGAUUUUUGAAAUUGUCCAUGCAAGAGAGCAUUUACAGGCCCAUGAAUGGAUAGUUGGAUGGAUGGAUGGACAGCAGCAUAGAUGGAUGGAUGGAAGGAUGGAAGAUUUAAACUGUCAUUUGCAUUUCUGCAUCACUGUGAUUUGUACCAGUAUUGUGGUGGUUUUUCUUGGUUUGUCUGAACAGCUUAGGUCGGAUUUAAAACCUCUCUGAGAAUAUGAGCCCUGCUGCAGGAUGCUGUAGAUGGAUGGAUAUCGUGUGUGAGGAGGUAGAGGGGUGGGAUUCUGUACUCGGGGUGAACUGGGGGGAUGGAGGGAUGAGGCAGGAGGUAUUAGAAGAGAUGGAUGGAUGGAGAACCAAGGAGAAGGAGGUGGAUGGAUGUUGGAGAGGGUUUUAAUAGAAAGACUAAUACUCCAGCUGGUAAAACCUGACAGGUCAAUUACCAACACACACACUCAGACACACACACACACGCGCACACGCACGCGCACACACACACACACACACACACACACACACACACACACACACACACACACACACACACACACACACCGUACAAGAGGAGCACAGAGCCUCCAUUAAUCCAGCGUUCAGAGUUGGAUCCCAAACAGCCAGAAGGGAUGAAACUGUCCUAGAGUUAGGAGUCUCAAACUGAGGCUCUGGACUGUAAAAAGGCCCUCUGGUCUCUUUGUAAAGUUUAAUCCCUGACCUGCUGCAGACCUCUUACUUCGUAGAAAAUUGUUAUGUUUGCACUUCCAUCAGGCAUGCCCCUCAGGGGUCUUGUUGGAAUCCUGAGAGGAAUAUGGUGUUCAGGAGCCAUUACUGUGAUCUGUGAGGGCUGUGUCCACAAACUCGGCCUAAAGUCAGACAUGUUCUUGGUCCGUGUUGGCCUCUGCCAGGGCUGCCACAUGUCACUGAUGAUAUUUGUGGCUUUCAAGGACAGGAUCCCAAGGUGCAGCUGGUGGAUUUUCCAGGGUGUUCAGUUUUCACUCAGAGUUCCACCUCUGCUCUUUGCAGAUGAUGUGGUCUUGUUGGCGUCUGAAGCCUAGGAACCCCAGCAGGCAUUAGAGCAGUUUACAGAUGAGUGUGAACAGCUGGGAUGAGACUCAGCACCUCAAAAUCCAGGACUGUGGUCCUCUGCUGGUGGACUGCUCUCUUUGAAUGGGGAGUGAGAUCCAUCAGGUUUAUGAGGACAGGUUCCUCAAUAAUCUUGAGACUUUUUGUAGCUUCUGGAGGAGAGGUCUCUCUCAGUGGUUUUGAAGAUCACGUAUCCGCUUUCAUCACUCUCUAGGAGCUCAUAUGGGUCUGUAGGAGUAAUGAUUAUUGGACACAUCUUCUAAAUCAUCAGUGUAAUGAGAUAAUGGUCUGUGGUCUAAUUUAAGUGUGUGAGGAAGUCUUAUUUUGAGACAUAGACAGCAUCAGUCAUCACUCUUAUUAUCACGUAUUGAACAGUCAUCAUCUUCAUCCUCCAUCUAAUUAACUCAUCCAUUAUAAAUGAGGACCUGAAGACCUGGACCAGCCUGUGUGUCUCUGAUAUGAUCGAUUAGUUAAAGGCAGAUAACCGGAGUCAGAGCUUUAACUGUCAAAUUAACUGCCUGAAAAUGAAUCUGCGAUCAUUUGAUGAUCUGUUUCUCUUCCAGUGAAAAUGUCCAGCUCUCUGUUUUUUAAUGUGUUCAUUAAUUAGACAUUUUUUAUCUUUCCUGCCAGAAGCUCACUCAUAAACACUGCCAUGUGGACUCGACAGAUGUGACUUAAAAAAAAUCAUCCAGAACUGCGCUAUCACAGAGACAUCAUAACCGAGAGUUUUAUUAUGUAAUCAGCCACAAAACAAAGUUUCUUCAAAGAAAUAUUCAAAACCUUUCACUCUGAUAUAUGCUGAUUGGCUGCGAAGUAAAACUGAAGUUCCUCCCUGGAUGAUUUUACAGCAGCGCUCUCUGAGACAUUAACUUCCAUCUGAAUCGUCUCCGUUUGUUAACUUAUUCCUACACAUUUUUUUAUGAAGAAACAACAAACUUUUUAGUGUUGAAUGAAACUCAUAUCCAGGGAUUAGAUGAUCUUAGUCUAGCAUUUUGUUGUUUUAUUCUGGUUGCAUAAAUUUGAAACAUUCUCUUUACUGUGUAAGGCGUACCACAGGGUUCUAUACAAGAGCCUUUUCUGUUUUAUAUGUGCAUGCAUACUUUCUUUAAAAACAUAAUAGGCUGUUUUAUGGAGUAUGUUAUAUUCUGUAUCCAAUUGAAAAGGCUGAAAACAUUGGUUUCAUUUCUGCUUUUAUUUAGGUUUCAAUCCACAGAAGAUUUUCAGUUAUGAAUCGUCCCUAAUCUAAUCUAAUUUGUCUAAUUAGACUAAUUUUAAACCACAUUAGUCCAACAGGUCCAGAAAAAGGUAUUUUUUCAAGAUUAUAAACACCAAAAAAAAUACUGCUUAAGAGUUUAAAUUAAAAACACCUGCCAGUGCAGUUAAAAACAAUACUCUCAACACUUAUUUCAAGAAACUUUAAAAGUAAUUUUCUAUUUUAUUGUCAGAUUCAUUUUUUUCUCUUUAAAAACAGUUCAGGUCUUUUUGUCUUUGGUCUAUCAUUACAUAAGGCAUUUUCUUGGACCUGCCAGGUCUAUUUUUAGCCAAAAAAAAGACUAUUUUUAAAAGAAACGAUACAAAAACACUUGCUGAAAUUUGAGUUUUUUUGCAGUUUAUGUUUGAGGAGAUUUGAAGAGACAGUAUAGCAGAGAACUUUGAGGGAGAGAGGGGAAUAACAUGCAGGCAGACUGAAGCCUCUAAACAUGAGGCACAUUUUGUAACCACCAGGUCGAAACUGGUUGAUAUUAAAUAACUGAAAGGAUAAUUGUGGUUUUAUUGAACGUGGUGCUCUUAGGUUUAAAUUACACAAAGUCUCAGAAUUACUCUUGUUAAUCACUUCAGCCAACAGCUAUGAAAUGGUUUUUAGUGGAGGCCCUGCAGAGCACAUGUGCCCAGAGUGCAGCCUGCAGAGUACUGCUGACAGCCUGUUUACAGACAAAGUACCUAUAAAGAUAAGAUACGAUAAGAUAUUGCUUUAAUAGUAAUAUAUAAAGAUGUUUUUAAGAGUAGGAUCCUUCUAAUAAAUGAGAACUAGAACAACGCUACCUUCCAAGUUGCCAGUCUCCACUAAAAAGAAAUAUGAGUUUUGACUUGCAGUACCAGAAGAUGCGGAUCUACCCUGACCAUGAUUUGGGAUGAAAAUGGAAAACUGGUUCCAGAUCAGAACCAGUAUCGCAUUUUGAGAGGCAGUCAGCAUGAGCAAUAACAAAGACAGUAAUCACCAAGACAGAAAUCAGAAGACAGGAGCAGUCCAGAUCACUAUCACGUGCAGCAAAGCAUUAUGUGCUUGUGUGGUGGAGAUAUUAGCUCUAGAAAUAGAAUGGUAUGAUGUACAAACUUACCGUAAAAUCCACUCACUUUGUGAGACCAGCAGCUUUUCAGUGACAAACUCUGGGAGAACAUUCUGCUCGUGUCAAUUUUGGCACCCCCUGUCGACAGUGUGGUACCUGCUAUAUCUCUGUUCAGCUUGCCCUGCCCAUGCGUAUCAGUCAGCUGGAUUGUUCAUUGUCACUAUUUGCUGUUGAAAAAGUGAAAUAGUUUUUCCUUCACUGUAAUGUGAAUUUGCUCAAGACCUCCCUCUUCACAGCAGUUACAAGCAUGAAAAACUAUAAUCUAGGAACAGUCAGUCUUCUCACAGGAGCAUUCGGACGAUUAGUUUGAGUCCAUUCCUCUGGAUUCUGUCUCUAGGGUUUUCGCGGCCUGAUGACCAAAAAUAACAGUCUUGGGAUGUUUUCAGCCUGAAAGCAAAGGUCAAAAAAACAGUCCAGCCUGUUUAUAUCUUUAUUUUCUCUGCAUUAUUUAGUCAGUUCUUUAUACAAGUUCUUUAAUUUUGUCUGUGACUGAAAUAAAUGUCUUAGACGUGACAAAUAAAGGCUGCAGAUUGAGUUUAAUCUCCGAUAAAGCCCAGCCUCCUCUCCCUGACUGCUGUCAUUUUUCUGCACAGUGUUCAGCUCAGAUGAGUUUCAGGGUUUUAAUGGAGCUGCUGCCCUCUAUGCUGGAAUCCUGUAAUGAGAUGGAAGUGUAAUAACGUCCCUUUAACAAGGCCAGUUAACGAUGACAUCCACUAAGCUCUGUUUGAUUCUCACAUAAAAACUCUCCAUCAGAGCUGCAACAGCAGCCUGGACCACCGCCAGAUAGAGAGAGAGAGAGAGAGAGAGGAGGGGGCUCUUUUUUUUAUAACUAUCAUGAAGAUACAAAAGAACUUCACCAUAGAAAUAAAUCAUGAACUUGUAUCAGGACACCAAACAGUGAAAACUAUGUCGGUAACCAUGAAAGGAGAUGGUUGUUUGAUAGAUGGAGCUGCCACGAGCUCUGACUUUGGUAUGAAAGUGUUCUGGCAGUGUAAGAGGUAUCAACUAAUUUUGUAUCAGCAGGUGUAUGGAGACCAAAAGCAGACAGAAUCCGCUGUCCCGACCUCCACCUCCCAUGGUUGGUACUCUGAUGGUCAGCUAACAAUCUGCGGUAGAACUUUCCAGGUCUCAGUUUGACUGGAGACAAUCCAGGCCACAGGAUAGGAAAUCUUGGCUGGAGGUUGUUUGUUGUUAAACACCAGUUACUGCAGUGCAUGCUGAAAUGCGUGUACUGUAUGUCCUGAGAGUACGGAGAUAAUAAAAGUCAAUUUCUAGGUCAUUCUAAGUUCAGAAAAGUUAAACAAUGGGUUGUUCUCUGUAAAGUGGUUUGAUAGUGUAAAAUGUUUGUAAUCAGCAUUUAAAACAGCAAACUUGAAUAUUUGUGGUCAAUGUUUUGUCACUGAAACUUGCAGUUAAUUGCAGCCGCUAGGAUUCAAAGUGGGAACCCUCCAUACAGGAUGAGUUUCUCUGCAGAUGAUGCACAGCUUUCUGUGUGUUUAGAUGAGUUUCUGUUGAACUAACCCUUUAAAUCUCUCACCUUCAGAGCCCAUGUGUGACCAUGACUGGGGGGAGUUCAACCAGGGGGCGGUCUCAGUCGUGGAGGGAGAUGCUGGUUGGCUGUCCUGUCCUCUUUUUGCUCAUCCCUCCGUCUACAACUACUCCUCCACUCAGAGUACCGGACACAACCUUGUCUGGUACCACACCCCCCAGGGUCAGGACCUGGAGAAUCCAAUUAAAUACAGGUACAGCCUCAGGAAGCUCAUUGGUUGAUUCUAAACCAUUAACCCAAUGUAGAGGGUAAAUGUACCCUUACCAAAAAGAAAUAUGUUUAAGUGUACUUCAAGCAUUGGCGGCUGCUGGUCUUUCAAGGAGGGGAAGCUCAUUUUUCUCCUGGCCUACAUCAUAAAUGUGUAUAUUUAUAUGUAUGACAACAGGGUCACAGAUCAUUUUUCAAGAAAAUGAUCUGUGACCCUGUCGUGACAGAAGAGAGUCACCAAACACAACGCAAGUCCUUAUUUUAACAAAGACGAAGUCACUGGUGAUCAGUUGGAUGGAUGGUUAUACUUAAAAAUCACUGAUUUGCUUUCGCUGUCAAUCAAAAAGGGAUUUUGCCUCAGUCAAAUCAUUCAAUCAUCAUGCAGAAGCUGAGUGUCCGGGCCAGCCCACUGCCCCAUUCUGAACAGAAGAUGAACGUGUUUUAGCGUAUAUUAAGUCAAUGAAAUGUACACACAGCAGUACAUAUUUCACCACUUUUUUUUUCAUUUUAGGGGAAGCUGAGCUUCCCUUGCGGUCUUUGAGCAAUCACCACUGACUUCAAGUAUACUGUGUUUAAACUGAGUCUGCUUUCAGUUGACUUUUUAAUGCACUUUUCGGAGAUAUACUAAAAUUAGUUAGUGUUAAGUAUACUUGGCUUGUACUAAGAAUUAUACUGAAAGUCUAAAUAUAUUUAAUCUAUGCUCAUACAUAAAGAUAAGAUAUACUCAAGUAUGUAUUUGUGCCUUAGGUUUAAGUAUAGUUAGUGAGUAAAUACUUCCAUCUGUCUUUGAGAGUAAACUCUAAGAGAAUAUACUCUUAAAAAGAUAAGCAGUACAAGCCAAGUAUAUAAAUAUGUACUACUACUGACAUCAGAGCAUACCAAAAAGGUAACUUUAAAGUUAAAACUGUUUAACUUCAAAUCAUGGUUUACAAUUUUACAAAAGUCCAACAGAACAGGACCGUAAAUCCCAUCCACCCCCCAAAAAUACCAUACUUACAAAAUUCACAGAAUGAAAUACAUAGUUCACAAUAGAGAAUUCACAUAGCCAGAUUUAAAAAAAAAGAAAUAGAAUAAUGAUGAUGACAGAGGUCAACAGCAGAGGUUUACAGUACUAAAUUGUCUGCCUUCAUAUCUUCAACAAACAUUAAGAAAGGCCGCCAAAUGUUAGAAAAUUUUCAAGUAAACCCCCCGAUUGUGCAUCUGAUCUUCUCCCACUUGAAAUGGUACAUGAUUUCCCUAACCCAAUGACUGUAUGUUGGAAGUAUUGGGUCUUUCCAUUUCAAUAAUAUCAGUCUCCUAGCUAACAGAGAGCAGAAAACCACCAUUAUUCUUUCCCACAUCUUUAGAUGCGAGUCUAUCUUGGUUACACUAAAAAGCACAAUGAUUGGAGAUGGUGCAAGCCUUUUCACAAAGAUCUUAGUAAAGGUCUCAAAGAUGGGCUGCCACAAAGUGCAGAACAUGUGUAAGAGAGUGGCUGGAUCUCGCCCGCAUCUGUCACAAGUGGGGUCUAUAUCAGCAUUGAUCUUGGAGAGUCUAACUUAAGACCAGUGUAGACAUUGUACAAUUUUAAACUGAAUGACAGCAUGUCUAAGACAAAUGGAAGACAAAAAAUCUCCCUGUAUUUUUUUGUGCUCAGUGUCGUAUGUGAUUUACUCAUUUAAAUCUGUCUCCCGUUUACUUUCUAGGAGGUCCAAUGGCAUCAAGUUAUGAGAAAAAACUAUUUCUUAUUUUGUGCUAAUAGUUUGUUUUCUGACUAGCUUACAUUAAAAAAUUGAAUCCAACAGACCAGUUUUAGGAUGUAGGGGAGAAAAUUUGAAGUUUGAGAAUACAAGAUUCCAAAGCUACAGGUAUCGAUAAAAAUGGGAUUUGGGAAUGUGAUAUUUUUUUAAUCAACUGUUCAAAGGAGGUUUCUGUGUCAUUUUCAAAGGCUUUUCUCCUGCAGAGCUCCAGUAGCUCAUGAGCAAUUCCCCUCUGAGUUGUGGGCAGAGACAGCGCUGCUCUGCACACUCCUCUUUAUGCUAGCUUGCAGCCUAACAUUGCCGGUGUAGUAGAAGUGGCAGGUAACAUAGGAGCUAUUCAGCUCUUGGACACUAAUGGCUUUAGGGGACAUGAUGAAAGUUAAUAUCAUAAUUAGCUUUCUUACAAGCAUUGCAAUCCACAAAACGCACACGCCUGUGCCGCGAUCGGUCUCUCUAUUUCUCAGAGUCUGGCCUGCAUACUGAGGCUCCCGGGGCGGAGCUUUGAUUUGCUACAUAGGAAAUCUCACUGUGUCUGAACCUAUGUAGAUGCAGAUACACAGACCUCAUAACUGUGACCCAUUGUGUACAGAUUAUAUCCCAGAUUGUUUUGAGUGUUUUGGGGAAUUUUAGUCACAGCGCCACCUAUCAUACCGUAGUGACAUGGAUUGACAAAAUUCUUGUCAAUGGCAGGGAAGAAGAGAGCGACAGAUUGGCAGCUCAACCUUGGCUCAGUGUAAUGGACUUCUGGUGGAGGCAGAGGUGGUGUCUCUGGGCCCUUCGGCUGCUUGAGACUCUCAGAGUAACUUAAUGAAGAAGUGGGCCAAACGAUCUCCCUUCACACUGGAUGUAUGGUGUUCUGAAGGCGAGCAGCUCGAUUAGUGUCCCUGAACAUUAGAGUUUGUUCUGCCGUCGCUCCGAUUGAAUCGUAUCUGAUUUACGUUUGCUCACACUCUGAUUCUCUCUGCAGCCUGAGACUCAGCAAAGAACGAGAGCGACUGUGGCUGCAGCCCGCCACCUCUGCCGAUGCUGGACUCUACAUCUGCAUGCUGAGGUAAGAGACGCAAACACAGAGAUGCUCACAGAGACUAAAAGAUGGAGACAUGCGCACAUUUUUAGUAGGUGUCAAGUCAGGACUGCAGUCAGGCCAGUUUAUAAGCAGGACUCUUCUACUACAGAGCCAUGCUGUUGUAAUCCCUGUUGUCAGAAUGUGGUUUGUCAUUGUCUUGUCAGUGUUUCUAGUUAAGAGGAAGUAUUUCAGCUUCUUUGUGACACUCGAAUAUAAAAACAUGUUUCAUAAGCGUUUAGCUGUUUCAUUGAUUUUAGCUGUAAUUUUUGGUAGUGUCUUUCUCUGAUAUCUCAUAAGUUGCCAUUUUGGGUUUUGACUUUGAUGAAAAUAGUCCAUCUACCUUAAAUUCUGUCAGAUCUAAAGCUCAGAUCUGAGCGGCGUCUGCGCUGCAGCUAAAGGUAGAGAUUUACAGUUUGUAACAGCACUAUAAAUAAUUCCCCACAGAGUUUUUGGCAGACUCUAAGUUUUUCCUGGCCAAUGGAGAUCCAGAUCUGGACUGGAGUCACUGGGGUCCAGUAAAGAAAUUGUCUGAUAAGAUGAGUGAGUUUAAAAAUAGACCCUGAUGUGUGGAGGACCCGGUUUCACACAGCAACUCAGAGAUCAGCUCUGCAGAUCACCCAGAUAGAAAUCAGUCUCUGCUGCUCUCGGCGCUUCGAUCCUCAUCUCCACACUUAAUCAGACAAAGUGGCUCUGAGAGCGUCUAAAGAUCCGCCAAUCGCUCCCACGAUUACUCAGAUGAAGACUCAGGAGCCGACUUUUGACCCGGUGGCUGGAGUCGCUCCAAACUCGCAUGUGACACUUGCCAACAGGUUCAGUUCAUCAGCAGAGAGGAGUUCAAAGGUCACAGAGCUUCAAAUUUAAUCAGUACAGGGUUGAGGUCUGUGCUCUCAGACCUGCUCAGAGUAUCACUUUAAUCUGGGACACAUGGUAACACAUCUGACACGCUGCUUUCUGAAAAUAGUCCACAGGUUACCUGAUAAAACUGCAAGUUUCUUCCUACCAUCUUUAUUUUCUCCAAUUCUUUAAGAAUCCACAGAAAAAGGUUUUCAUGCAGCUUUUGUUGAGCAAACUGAAAACAGUCCCUGUGUUUCCUUUGUGCCCAGACUGCUCUACUAUCUGUGUUGUCAGCUCACACUCACAGAGCACACAUCAGACUUCCCUCUAAAUAUCACUGCACAUGUCUUAUCUGAAGAGCAGGUUUUAAGGGAGAGUCUCUGACAAUGAUGACAGCAGGAAGAUUUAAACAUAUUUUUACUACUUAAACAAGAAAAUUGAGCACCUUAACUUUCUCUCAGACCUUCACUUUCCUACAGUUUAACAGUGCAGACACCCCGCUCUCCUUUAUACCUGCACAAAUGGUUAAUAUUGAGAGUCCUCAUCCUGCUGAGUUUUACAUUCAGAUUUAAAUGACCUGCUUACGUCUUGUUGUUACCCACAUCCUGCUGUCUCUGUAAGGGAUGCUUUGAGCUGAAAGUGAUGUCUUUGCUGUUCUUGCACCCUGCUGACCUUGUUUUUAUUCCUCUGAUGGAAAGGGUCCUCACUAAAACAAACAUCCAAUCAGAGAGCUUCAAGAUGCAGUGAGAUUCAUUUUCUGUUUUUCCCUGCAGCAACAAGUCGUCUUGCAGUAAGAUCGCCAUGCGUCUCACUGUCCUGCCGCGUGAGGAGGUCAUCCGUGGAAAUGCCUGCAAGCUCCCUGCCAUCGGUGCAACAAGUCAGGUGGUCAUCCCUCUGCAAGGGGGCAAGAUGCUGCAAUGUCCAGACCUGCAGGAGGCUGCCAAGAUGGCUGAUGGCGAGCUGACUGUGAGCUGGUAUCACCAGACACCAGAGAACACGGUAAAAAAUCUGUGUGCGUGCGUGCGUGCAUGCGUGCAUGCGUGCCUGCCUGCGUGCCUGUCUGCGUGCAUGCGUGCGUACUUGCGUGCGUGUGUGUGCGUGUGUGUGUGUGUGUGUGUGAGAGAGAGAGAGAGAGAGGUUAAAAUGAGCACUGAUAAAGAAAAAUAAGACCCAGGCUAGAGGUCACAGAUCUGAUUGAAAGAACUGAGGAAUGCAUGGUUUUAAAGGUUCUGACCUGCCUCCCUGUCUCCUCCUCUUUAUCUUAGCAGUGUGAUCUGUACCCAUUCUGGAACACACACCGGCAGCAGAAAGGAGCCGGUCUGCAGUUCCACUACAUGCUCAAACCGUACAGAGGUUUAUAUUUCUGCACAGUCCACUACCAGAAGAAAGGAAAGACCCUCAACUUCACCCGCAGCAUCAACGUCACCGCCGUCUGUGAGUGUACGAAGACCGCUACACUACCACCACAACACUGCUGCUACAGAGAUGUCUCUUAUCUAACUGUGCUCCGCUUUAUCCUCUAAGAUCCAAUCAAUGUGCCUAAGGAGCCCACAAUCCUGCAGCCCGCAGAGAGCCAGGUCUUCACUGUCAAACAGGGUAGGUCCUUCCAUAUAAUAUGAGGUUAUUCAGGGUUAAAAUCAAUCAGUCAAACAAGCUGUAUGUCUAUAGUUCCUCUAAUAUGAUUUAAAUGUGAUUCACAGCCAUUAAAAACAAAAGGGGCAGAACAUGAGACACAUGAUUUGAUAUAAAGAAACAUAGAUGGAGGCUCAUAAACACCAACAGCAUGAAAACAAUAAAGAAAAGAGCUGGAAAUAUGUUCGAGCAUAAAAAACCUCCAAAUAUAUAUAUUUUAAAUGAUAAUAAAAAAGCAAAAGUUAAAGAUGAAAAAAAAAACAAUAAAAUAUUAAAAAAAAAAGAUGUUAUAAGUGUGACACUGAGUGUUUGUGAGGCUGCAGACGCACAGAUCAGAGCAGAUGACAGUCAGAGGUGGCUGAUGAAGGAUGCGGUCAUCGUGGUGAUGGAGUGGCUGCGGUAAUUUUCUAUCGAUCAAAUAGCUGAUUUAGAAAAGACAUAGAGGGGCUUAUUCACUGUAAACAACCAAGACGAUAAUGGGAGGACUGUUGAUGAGGGGCAGAUAGAAAAUAUAGGGAAAUACAAAGUUUUAAAACAAAGAUGAGAAAUGGUCUUUCAUUUCAACACAAAUGUGAAAAAAGGUUUCAGUGAUUUGAAUCUAAAGAUCUGUUUCCUCAGCAGUGCUCGCUCUCUUCUCUCACUUUCUUUGGCACUCAGCUGAUCUCUGUCUCAGUUUCAUCCACAGGAACUUUCGGUUAUAGAUCUGUUUUUUUUUUUUUUAUGAAAUUUAAAUAAAAAUUCUUGUCACUUUUUGACACUAUCGAAGGUAAAAUGGACAUGAUUUUUUCUCUUAUUCAAAUUUCAUAAGUUCAACGGAAUAUUAGGGCCACAUAAAAAAAAAAAAAAAAAGACUUCAAGAUUAAAGUCCUUAACUUACGAGAAUAAAGUCAUUAUUGACAAGAAUAAAGUCGUAACAAAAUCAUUAUUUACAAGAAUAAAGUCGUAAAGUAAAUAAAGUCAUAAAGCUGCUUUGCGGAGGAGGAAAUGGCUGGAGCUGGUCAACUGCAGAGUUAUCGGUGGGUGCAUCAGUGGACCAUUCAGACAUUCAGAGAGCUUUUGUGGUUUCUCAAGAAACAAUCCAACUGAUAAUCAACAUUUGCAAUCCAGAGAGAGUCGACCUCCGACAAUCACCGCGUCCGUCUCUGAUGCCGGCAGCAACCAACACCUGCAGAGGCACCACACCUUAUGGCAUAUAGAUUCAAAGGAUAAACUAAAGCCCUAUGCUAUUGCUAUAAAUGGCUACAUUGAGGGAUGUAGCUUCUGUACAGCCAUUUCCCCCUCCACAAAAGCAGCGAUUCCCUCCAAGUCCGCCUGGUUCUUUCUGCAGAAAAGAUUCAUUCUUGUAUACUCUUUUUAAAGUCCUGACACUCAUGACAAUGUGAUGCUAAAACGCCAAAGAAUUUAGUAUCUCCUUGUUUCUGAAACCUAUAACUACUGAAGAGCAAUUCAUCUAAAUGCUCCACAGCAUUCAUUUAAACAACUCUUCUCUAAAACAACAGGUUAGAAUAUUAGCUAUUAGCUAUGACUUUAUUCUCAUUAGUAAUGAUUUUAUUAUGACUUUAUCCUCCAAGUCUGAGAAUCCUUUAUCCUCAGACUUCAUCUGUCUGAGUGUUGGAGGUCUGCCUGUGCUUCUGUUUUCAAACUCAGUCACAGAACAAUGACAAACCGUCUUUCCCCUGCCGUCUAACAUUUCCUGAAACAGUUGAUGGUGUUUUCCAUGUAGAGCAUACAGGAGGAAACCUGCUCUGUUCUUAUUGAUCUGUUUAUUGAUUUUAAACCCCCACCUUCCAUCCUGAUGUGAGAGGGACUCUGUGAAACAGAAACUCCUGAUCCAUCACUACAGCAGCUAUGGACUAAUUCACUACAUGUAGACAGCUGAGGAUGGUGUGAUUUUUAACGAGUGCUUGGACAGAUUACCUGCCCUGACGGAAACAGAGAGGAAGAAUAGAGUCCUGCGUCUCCACACCUGUUAGGAUAGAUUUCAAAUACACAGCUGUGGAUGCAGCUUAUCUUAGUGUUCAGUUAAUUACAUGUCUUCUAAAAACAAAAGUCAACAGGCAAAUUUAGAAGAAAAUGAGUCAGAGAAAUGGGUAUACGUAUUUGGAGGAUGUUACAUCAGAUUUAAAAAAUCAAACAGAUAGACUGGUGUCAUGGGGGUUUGACCAAUCAGAAUCAAGUAUUCAACACAGAGGAGUUUAAAACAAUAUUAUUGUACUGGAUGUUCCAGUAUAAUUGUGUAACCUCAUUUCCAUAAAAGUUAAAGACUACAAUUGUGAUAAAAGCAUAUUUAAAUCUGAUAUUUAAAUAAAAAUAUGACAAAAACCAAUGUAGAAACUUUUUCCUUGUGUGAGAGACUGUGUGAGCUAAUAGCUCAACAGUUUCAGAAUAACGUUCCUGAGUGUCUAAUGUGAAAGAACGAGUGGAUUUCAUCAUCUACACAACACAAUAUCAUUAAAAGACUCAGACAAUCUGAAGAAAUCUCUGCACUAAAGGGACAAGGACCAAAACCAAGACUGGAUGGUCCUGAUCUUCAGACCCUCUGGCAGCACUGCAUUAAAAACACACAGGACUCUGGAGUGGAAGUAACUGCAUUGGGUCCUUUAAUGCUGAACAAUAUCUAUAGAUUUUAAGGAGCAACAUCUGCUGACAUCCAGACAAUGAGUUUUUCAGGAAAGACCUUAUUUUAGCAAGACACUGACAAAUCCCAUUCUGACGACAGGGAUUACAACAGCAUGGCUCUGUAGUAGAAGAGUCCUGCUGCUACCCAGCAUGAAGAAAUAAAAUUAGAAACAUGAAGAAAACCAUAAUUUGAGACUCUACAGUGGAGGAGCCAUCAUAUUCUCAGUUAACCUUUACUAAAAUGAAGGAUCUGAAACCUCCACUCUGGUUACCUGUAUAUUUACAGCCUUAGGUAAAUCAGCGUAUCCAGGCGGGUCCUGCAGCAGUUACCGUCUCUUCCUCUCUGUGUUUUUAUGACCCUCCUCCUCUUCCACCUGCAGCUGCUCUCUCUCCUUUCAUAAAGCUGCUCUGUCAGUGAUGAAGAGGCUGCUCCUCCUCUGCCAACAACUUCUUUUAAAUUGGUUUUUCCUCCCAGUCACUCGGACGAGAUUCAACAUUCAGAGAGUUAAUCGUCCGGACAGAAUUAGUGAAGGCUGCAGAAGAGCGUGCAUAAAACAGGACAGGACGAUGCAGCCUGUACACACACACACACACACACACACACAGUUACAUACAGGGUCUAUCACUGCUGAUGGAAGUCAGAACACUGGUAUUACAGCCACCGGUCUGUGUUUAUUUUCUGUAAGAUGGAGACUGAAUAGAAAUCAAAUCUAAUAGAGCUACCACAAAGAGCUACAAAAAACCUUUAAGGAAUAAAAUUUAACAGGAAGUGUGUAUAAAAAUCAACAUGGAAAUGAAGAUACCAGAAAAUAAUGCAGUGGAGUAUAUAAAAGUAGUUUACAGAAACAUUUUACCACCAAAUUUCGACCUAUUAGACACAGACCAAAGACCAAAAAGACCUCAAAGAGAUAAAAGGAGGAACUGCUGAGAUAUUUGAAGACCAUGAGGAGAAAUAUUACAACUAUAAAGAGACACAAAACAACGAAAGAGUGAAAUAAUAACCACAGGGAAUAAUGAAGGCCAAGGAGAUUUAAAAAGACCACAAACAGGUAAAAUGACCAAAUAGGGACCAAAUUUGACCUCAAAACUGGAAAAAGUCUGCUCCAAAAAUAUGUUAUCCUACCAAAAAGAAAAAUGAAAUGAGCACAAAAGGAAUAAAAACCUCCACAAAAGAGAUGAUGCAAACACGUGGACUCAUUACUAAUACAAACAAACAAAAAAAAAGAUAAAAAAAUUACAGAAAAUGACAAAAGACAAGAAAUGACAAACCAAAGCCAAACUCUAAUUCCUGUAACUUCGUCAGAACAGAAACAUCAUCUUUUUAUUUUUAUUCAAAACGAAUACAAUUGUGCUCAGUAUAAAGAUUUUACUCUGAGUUUUGGCCUUCUUUCAGACACAGAGGUGCGUCUGAAGUGCAGAGGUCUUUUCCCCUACCUGGAGUCCCCCUGGGACAUUUGGUGGACAGUCGAUGGGAAGACCUUGGACAAGCUCCCCGACCACCACAGAUUCUCCAGAAUCAACAGGUGAGGAAAGAAUGGCCCUCUCUUCUUUAAAAUCCAGAUUUAUUUUAGUAGAAUGAACUCAAACUACAGCUAAUGGAGAGCGGAGAACAAAUAGACUCAUGACAAAACAAUAUCAAGUCUCAGUCAAACCACAGAGCUCAGCAGUGUGUGUUUUAACAGACAGGAGAGUUACGACCUUGGGGACCGGACUGAGGAGAGCGUGCUGGUGAUCAAAGACUUCCAGUCUCAGGACCUGAACCGAGAGUUUAACUGCUCGGUGAGGAACGCCAAAGGCUUCAGGACCCGUAGAGCUCAGCUGAAGGAGGAGGGUGAGGAUUAAUUAAACCCACUAAAAAUCUGUUUCUCACCCAGUAUAUAUCUGUGUUCAUCAGGAUCCUGCUCUCUCUGCAGGACGGUCACAUGAUCAUGUGAACUAGAAAGUGGUUUUCUUCUCCUCUUAAGGACAGAUCUAGCCAAGCUGGACUUUAUUAUUGUUAUUAAUAUUUUUGUUUUAUUAUCAUAACAGGCUUAUAUUUGAUUUUAUGUGUUUUUAUGUAAAAGAAAAAGCAUGCAGCUUUGGAUAAUAGUGAACAAGAACAGAGGGUUAAAUAAAAAUGUCAGACUGCUCCUUUAAAGCUAUAGUGCGUAACUUCUGUUGCCCCCCACAGGAUUUCUGCGUUAUGAUGUGGCCGGCACCUCAAUAUGACACAUGCACAUUACACAUACAGUAACACUCACUAGACACAGCAUACUGUUCGUCAGAGUACACAAAGUAACACUGACUACAAAAUGUGUACUGUUCAUCGUUACACUGAGAAACACUUGGGACACACCGCAUGCUGCUGGUCACGGACCACAGUACAUGGGCUGUAACUGUCCACACAAUGUUUACUUCUUGUCACGGUACACAGAGUAACACUUGUGACUCACCACAUACUGCUCAUUACGGUACAAGGACUGUAACUGACUACACAACAUGUAGGUUACUAAAGUUACUUGUCACAGUACACAGACUCCCCAGAGUAAGUUACACACAGCAACACAGGUGACACACCUUGUAACUUCCUGCUCAUUCGGCUAACGUUACUCAAUGUGGCUAACACCAGGCUGCUAACAAUACAUGACAUUCAUAGCACCAUUUCCAAGAAAAGAAUAAAGUACUCGGUCCAGUACAUGUAACAGCAACACAUGUAGUAUUAAGGCAACAUCAGUGUCAGACCUCAGUCCAAUCUCCUCUCUCAGGGCUCUCCAUCAAGGAAAAGUGACGCCAAUGUGAAUCUGCGCUAGUCUUCUACGUUUGUCACUCUCUUUCUUCGCCAACAGACCUUCUACCAAACAGGAAGGCUUUUUCAUUUUAGUAGGAUCCACUUCUGAACCUCUCGGUCACUUCUUUGGGUUUUCCACCAUGUUGCUUCGAGCAGCGCUCAUUGUCAAGAUGUCAGAACGCAUUGUUUCCUGUGCACCAGCAUGGGAAUGUCGCCCCCCUACAUCAAAUACCAAAAGAACAAAUACUGAAAAAUACUGUGAGUUGUUAGAGGAGCUGAACAGCUUAAUAAGCAUAGUGUCAUCUCCUCUUGUAGUGGCUUGGGUGAAACGGAAAUUUACAGACACAUAGAAGUCACGCACUAUAGCUUUAAAUCUGCUGUUUGAUUAGAGCAGUGUGUAAACUCCUGGUGUGUGUGUGUUCUGUUCAGUGUCGCUGCCAUCCGUGGAGCUGGGUUGUGGUCUGGGGGUGACCCUGGUCCUCAUGCUGCUCCUCUUCGUGGUGUAUCAUGUCUUCUGGCUGGAGCUGCUGCUGCUCUAUCGCUCCUGGUUUGGUACUGAUGAACGAUACACAGGUGAGGGACAGGUGACGCCUCAAAGCUAUAAAACUCCCCAUGAUUAUCAUCCAGCCAACAAGGAGUAACAAGGAUUUCUCUGCCCCAGCUGACUAAUCCACCUGCUGCAGGUCUGAACAGGGCUUAGAGCUGGUUAGCCGGGUUUUUUCUGUUCUCCCCUAAACGUUUCAUGAAAAUGUGCAGCUGAUCGUUACAAAGAGGAAACAGAGGGUCCUGAAAUGCAUGCAGCACUGAUCAGCAUGACAGAGCUGAUCAGGAUAAGGUUUAAUAUGACAGAUCUGCUUUACUUGAGCUGUUUAAAGAUGAAAAUGAAGAAAUAAACAGCAAGAUAUUAGGCAAUGACAUGUGCAUCCUCUCUCUGUUGAUAUUGAGGGUCUGUUUCUAAGCUCAGUGUUAAAUAAAUGAUUAGAUAACAGAUGUCCAGAUCGUUCUAACCUGUGUUUUUGUUUUAGAGGGAAUAUCCAAACAUCAUUUUUGGCCAAAUUUAACUGUUUUAUGUAAUGUUUAUUGAAAAACUCUCUGGAGGCUUAGAAAUAAAAGUGGAGCUUUCUUGCCAGGUAACUAAAAUUCUGCCUCCUCACCUCCAUCUCUUUUUACAUCCUGGUGCUAAAUUUCUCCCAUUUAACGAGUGUUUUUUGUGUCUGAGUGCAGUCAGAGCAUUUAUAUUAUUAAAACUUUGUAUCAGGAAGGUGAAACUUCUCCAGUCACUCUGCCAGAUUGACUCAAUUAACUCCUAAAAAGUCAGAGCGACUGUGUUGGUGUGCCGAGAACUUCUGCCAGCUGAAGCUUUUCAACCCAAGAUUUUAAUGACGGUGCUUUUAACUCUCAGAGACACAACCACAUCACGGCUGUGAGCUCUCCAAGCCAGAGAAACUUCAAAAAGAUGCUGUUAAAGUUUUACUCCACACCCUUAUUUUUAAAGGGGGGUUCUUGCGUUUCCAACCCUGGGCUCAGUUUAGCAUAACUUAGGGUCAGAGGAGCUUUCUUCAGCGUGCAGCAGGUAAACAGGCUGUUAGUGGCUACAGAAGAGGUUUUGGUGGAUCAAAGUGCAUCCACUGAAGUUCCUUUUUUUUUGUCCCUAACAGGCUGAAGUUGUGGUUCUGGGUUUAUGUAGACAGUACAGGCUGAUCAUCCCAAAAAGUGUUUCAAACACGGACAUAGCCUGACCUGUUAGACGUAAUAUUAAGUUAUGUUUGUCCCUCAUACCUACUAUUGGUUCCUGUUCUGUUAACUCAUCUCUCUGAAGUUUCAAGUUUGUUUUACGUCAUGUUACUUGGACGUAACCCACUCAGCUACUUGGAAGUUCUAAAGAAAAAUGAUUGCACAGACCACAAAUAACCCAACAGGAAGUUUUUUGCACGCUCAUUUAUAACUCAUACUUUCUGUGGUGAUAAAAUCAGGGGAGUUUUGACAUUUGUGUGACUGAGUUUCCUGUGCAUAUGUGGAAACAAAACACCCUCUAUCUUCAGUCUGUAUCUGUGUGUUAAUGAGCAAAUGUUUUUGUCUUUGCAGACGAUAAGGAGUAUGACGUCUACAUCUCCUACGCCAGGAACAGUGAAGAGGAGCAGUUUGUUCUGUCGACUCUGCGCCAAGUUCUGGAGAAUGAGCUCGGAUACUCAGUGUGUAUCUUUGACCGAGACAGUCUGCCAGGAGGGAGUGAGUACACACCUGUACUACAGCACAGUGUACUGCAGUACAGAAACACAGCAACACUGCAGUCCAGCAGAAGUAUAGAGCUACAAUCAGGGAGGUCCUGAUCCCAUUCCCAACUGUUGAAUCAGUCUGAGUCAACCAUCUCACCUGAUCCAUUAUGUCAGCUGUGACUGAGUGUGACUCGGUUGCUGUGACCAAGUCUUCUUGACUCGACUAACUUAACUCAGAUGAAGAUAAUGAUAAUCUCCUUCAUUAGUUUGAACAGCCUCACAGCUUAAGUGUCAAACAUGUGAAGAUAUUUCAAACCAGAAGAUGAAAACAGUUGAACAGACACUGUGAGUUAAUGUGCAACAAUAUGGCACCUAAAAACAAUCUGCAGCAGAAUAACAGCCCAACAUUUCCCCACAUUAAAAAUCUGCUGUGAAAGAGUAAAAACACAGACUUCUCAAGUGUCCUGUCAGUUAUCUGGUCUGACUCUGCCCCCCUUAGAGAGUGAAGGUCCAAUCACUGAUGGUCUUAUGCAUCUUUGUAUGUCAUAAAGAGACGUCUCUGUAUAUUCAAGUCUGUUUCAUGAACGACGAAAAACUUCUCAUGAAAGCUUGAAGUUGUUUCGAUGGAGAGUUAAAAGCAUGCAGCUCUAUAUUUUAAAGAUCUGGAUCAGGACCUUACAUCAAGAGAUUAACAUUAAAAUGGGAUGGAGAUCAGGACCACAACAGCUGACUAAAACAUCCCUAACUACUGUUACUAAUGCUAUAACUACUUAUCAAACAGUAACUGCCCCAGCUCAUCACACUUACACUCACACUUAAACACUUAAUACUGUCUCUAUUUGCUGCUGCUGUAACUGCCUCCUGGUGGAGCUUCUUCUUCUUCUUCUUAUCCUUUCUCUUCUUUAUUUCUCUGUCGUUCUGGAUGUUUUGUUAUUAGACUAAUUCACCUGUCAUUGUGCUGAAUGCAGAGUAACCUGGGACAGUUAUGGGACACAUAGAUCUUAAAUCUGAGGCGAAUGUAAGGUUAUGUUCAUGCUCCAGUCUCACUUAAUCACGUACACGCAGACCUGAAAAUCACGCUGUCCUGCUGCCAACGCUUAUUCAGCCUGAAGUUGUUUCUUUCACUUCUGCUGCUUCCUGCUGUCAGACUGAACAUUUGAGUGAGAUUAAACCACACACACACACACACACACACACACACACACACACACACACACACACACACACUCCAUCCUUCCAUCCUCCAUCCCUCCUUCAUCACCCUUCUCUCUCUCUGCAGCCAUCACUGAUGAGACUCUGAGUUUCGUGGCUCGUAGUCGCCGCGUCCUGGUUGUUGUCAGCCCAGGCUAUGCUUCUCAGGGCUCCCAGGCUCUUCUGGAGCUCAAGGCCGGCAUCGACGGCAUGGCUCGGGGUGGGCAUCUGCGGGUAAUCCUGGUCCAGUACAAGCCGGUCCAAAGACAGGUCUGGGUCCGGGAGCUAAGGAGGGCCCGGGUGGCUCUGUCGCUGGUUCGAUGGCAGGGUGACAAGUCCAAGGAGCUGACGUCCCAUUUCUGGAAGAGGCUGAGGGUGGAGUUACCUGUGAGGAGGGUCAGCAGCAGGGAGGAGGGGGGCGGCGGGAAGGAGGCGGCUCUGAUGAGGCUGCUGAGUCAGAACAGCACGAGCUCGCAGUUGGGCCUCAUUAGCAACACUGUCAAAGAGCCGCUUCAAGUCUUCAACUCUGCAGCGUAGACACCACAGAGCAGUGGGACCUGCUGCUAAACAGGUUCAUUAUGUAUGCACAGUGGGCAGGGCCUCGUUGUGACUGACACCACAGUGUGACAGAGAUGAAGCAGGGGCUGCUGGUUGGUCUCAAUAUUGCUCCUCUGCACGACUCCAACUCAAGCUUUAGAGACAUUUAAGAAGCACAUUUAUAAUAAAUAUUGUUAUUUACAUCAUGUAUUACGAGAUAGAGCAAUGUUUAUGAAGUGUUAGCAGUGAAAAUAAUGCCUUCUCCUUCUUAAAAUGUGAAUUAUAAUGUAUUAUACUCUAAAUAACAACAGUUACUCUUCAAUUCUGGUUUUCAUUACACAUUACAGCUGCAAUAAUUUUAUCCAGUUUUAAAGAUUUAUAGAGAAAUUAGUCUAUCAUCAUAAAAGAUUACCAUUUAUACAAAUGAAAGGAUGCCUGAUCAAUACUCACAACAGGCUCCAGCCAGACUUUAGGGGCUUUAAGUAAAGAGACAGCACUGUGUCAGGUAAUAAACAAUAAUAUGGUCCUAUUACACAAUUUAUAAAAACGUAACUGCUAUAUUUAGUGACAGUAAACUCAGUGUAAGACAAAAGGACAAAAAAGUUUAAAAACAGUAAUCUUCCUUUUUUAAACAUUUAAACAUUUUAUUUGACUUGUUCAUGGGUUUGCAAAUGUUUUCUCUCCAAAAUAUACCAAAGGAAGAAAACAGCUGAUGGAGGAGGAGAAAGGAGAGCAGAGAGAGGAGAGCAGAGAGAGGAGCAGGAGAAGGAGUAAGAGGAGAAGGGAGGAGAGCAGAGAAAGGUGCAGGAGGAAGAGAAGAAGGAGAGGGGAGAGCAGAGAUAGGAGCAGGAGGAGGAGUAAGAGGAGGAAGGAGCAGAGCAGAUAAAGGAGCAGGAGGAGUAGAAGGAGAAAAUGGGAGAGCAGAUAGAGGAGCAGGAGGAGGAAUAAGAGGAGGGAGGAGGAGAGCAGAGAAAGGUGCAGGGAGCGGAGUAGGAGGAGGAAAGAGGAGAGCAGGGAGAGGAGCAGGAGGAGGGGAGUGGAGCAGGAGGAGGAAAGAGGAGAGCAGGAAGUGGAGCAGGAGGAGGCAGGUAACAGCCAAGUGACAGAAUCAGCCUUAAGAGAGGCCCUUCCAAAAACAAGCACUAAAGAACUAACGACUUCUGGUCUAAAAGUGAGAGAUGUCGUUCUGAAUGAAAAUCAAAUAAAAGUCUCAGUGCUCUAAUGAGGGUUUCAUAAUAGCUUGGAUUAUUGAAUGAUUUGUUGGAUCUGCAGUCUGUAAUAAAAUGUAAGCAGUAAAAGAGCUCAAAUCCUUCCAAUUUUAUGACACAGUGUAAAUAUACUUUACUACGAGUGAUAUCUGACUUUUAAUUUAGUGAGUGUUAUCACCAAAAUUGAGGCCAAGCUUUAUAAGUAGAAUGAGUAAGCGAGAAACUGAUAUCAAUAUCAUGAAAAAAAACAACUGUUGUGAUUUUUUCAUAAUUGAGCAGCACUUAGUAUUUAUCAAGAAUCACAAAAAUUAUAACUUCCUGAGAUACACUGAAAGAUGUCUCUGUAAAUCUUUGUAUAUGAAGUCAUAAUGUAACAUAAAACCCAGAAUUCAAGACACUGUUGUUAGUUUUAAGUAAGGGAAGAAACAUUAGUGACCGUACCAACAAGUCAUUAAGUUCAUUGCUAACUACACUUUGCUCUAAAAUGCUUUUAAACACACAAGUAUUGUUUUGAAGCCUCAUGAAUGCAGAUAUAAUGACUUAGAGAUGUGGAUAUGGUCCAUAAAGUGUUACGAUCAGUGCUCCAUGGCAUGAUCUGAUGAUUAGAAUAGAAUAAUAAAGAUGUGCCGGAGUUCCCACUAAGAAAUUUAAAAUUGGUGAUGAUAUCAAGUUCAAAUGAGACUUUACAAAUUAUGUUUUAUUGUUUUUGAGCUACUUCCACCUGGCCUCAGCCUUAUUCCAAAGUGUUAAAUGAAGGACUGUGAUCAUUAAAUCUUAAGUGGUGUGGAGAUAAAAUGUGGUAAAGGCAUUUCAAGAUACUUCAGCUCACUGAAAUUCAGAAACCAAAGAGAUUUUUUUAUCGAGGUAGAAUCUUUUUUCUGACGUCCACAUUUUAAAACUGAAUAGUGUUGUUUGUAAUUAAAUAAUAGAGCUCGGCUGAAUAAUGAACUGAAGUCACAUGACCUCGCAGGAUCAGGUCAAAUCACCGGUGGGACCCUGAUUGUGUGAUUUUCACUGUGAGAGAAAUUACGCCACCUCUGGGCACCCUGCUGCCUUUCUUAAUGAGAUGAUGCUCUUAGCUGUUCUGCUGGAGGUGUCUUUUGAUUUUAUUUAUUGCAAAACAAAAGACUAACACAGGUUAAAACAUGGAGGGUUAAUAAAAGGACACUCUCAGAAACCAAAGACUGUGCUGGAUGAGCACUUGAGAAAAUUUCCGUUUGGUUUUGAACUGGAAUCCACAGACGCUCUCCCCGGACAUUCAACCUGCAGACAAAAGGAAAAAGUCCUUGCGUGAAUGAUUUCUGCAUUUUUAUAAAGUUAUCAGAGUCCUUUUUCAUUUCAUACCAGCAUCAUCACCAUAAAUCACUUUAUCUGCUGCACAUACUGUCAUUUAUUUGUGUCAAAGACUCCAGCGUCUGAAAUGUAUUUCUGCUCUGUGUUGGUUCAGCUGUUUUUGCUCAAAGACCAGGAUAAGAUGAAUCAGAGUCCCAGUUGUUGGUGAAACUUGGAGAUGUUCAUCUUCACAGAACUCAUGGAGCUCAGAGACAAAACUGGAAUAAAGAUAAAAACAGCCUCUAAUGGAGCUGUAGAUAAUGUGUGUCAAUGUGGCACAUAAUGAGCUGAUUCCUGUAGAGGCUGUGACGUCAGGGUCGUCUUGUGUCUACAAAGCAGUGUAAAAAGUAACACCCUCAGCCUUGUCUAACUUCCUAUCAGUGGAAAAGCAGCUUAGAUGGAGAGUUUCAGGCAGAGGCUGAAUAGUGGCACCAGUAUGAGAUAAACCAGGAACUUUUUUGAGCUGCUAAUCAGCUAAACUACGCUUAAGGUGUCGUAGACUGUCAAAAUAAAAAGUAUUUUUUUUUAAUUUACUGGUUAAUUCAAGUGGUAAAAAGCAGCUUAUGUUGACUGGUAGAUGGCGUUAGAUAAUAAAACCUGAGAAUCACUCAGGAAUCAGAAAACAUCUGUAGAACAAUAAAGUCCCAUGCCAUCUGCAUAGAGGAAGAUUCAUGACAUUAAUGUAAACCCUGCAGCGCUCGAAAAAUGGUUAAAGUCAAAGAGUUAAUCUGAAUAUGGUUAGUCCAUUUUAAUCUGAAAGAACUGUAUCAUGUUUUCUUUUUAAAAAGUUGGUUAUUGUUGUAUUUUUAUCAAGACAGGACUAUUUUUGUGAUGUAAGCAUGAACCCUGCACUUUGUCAGGCUGUUAAUUUUGUAUUAUUUCAAUCAUCCUUUUAUUUUUAUAAAUAAAUGAAUCAUUAUUCAUGAAACUAUUUUUCAUUUCAUUUGCCCACAUACACUCAAACACAUAGUUAGGAUAACAGUGUAUGUACAGUCAUUUUUCUUUGUGAAAUCUGUGAAAUCGUUUAUUUUUUCCAGUAAUGCUCAUUUGAAAAAAUACAGCAUAGAGUCGGAUUUAAAGUACAUUUAACACAACUCCUACCGAUCACAGUGCUGUUUUACCAAGGAGACAACAAGAAAUUAAAUCUAAAUAAAAUAUCCACAAAACAAUAUUAUACUGAACAGAACAAAAAGAGGACAACAAGGAAGACAGACUACGGAAAAAGGCAGGGUCACCACAGUGAAGAGAUUAGUUUUCAGCAACAUCUGAGACUGAGCAGGUUUAAGAUGGAUAGGCAGACUUCUGUAACUCAGAAGAAGCCACUUCAAAGACCGGAACUGUUCUUAAUUCCUGAUCUCAUGAUUUCAGAUUUCAGAUGUUUAGAUUUUGGUACUGGGGGGGAAAGAUCAGUGAAUCUGAAUAUUAAUCUGAGCCUAAAGGUGGCAAUUGCAGUAAAGACAAGAUUGGGCCCUUGAUAGAGUCCUAUAGGACUCCAUAGCUUAGGCUACCACAGGCUUGGCUCCUCCAAAUUUGAUGUAGAAGGAUUGUGAUCCUCUCUGGUAAGUUGUGAUGAAGAUCUGAUGAUUAGCUCUGCAGUGGAUCUGAGGUCUGAGGAUAGUCACAGCAAUUUUAUGUGAAGUAAUGACAGGCUUUGGGUGAUCUGUAAGUAGACUAAGGACAGUGUGGAAAUAUGGGGAGAUAGAGAGAAAGGGUGGAGGACAUGCAGCACAUGGUCGGGACUCGAACCCACAGCUGCUGUGGGGACUGUCCCCUUACAUGUAGAACUAAGCACGUUUUCCUGACGUUUACUCUGCUUUCUCCUGAAAAGCAUGGCAAAUGUGGUCGUACAAACCAAGGAAACUUUAUGCCUGUUGUCUCUGACUCUGUGUGGCAGACCUCUCAGAGGCCCUCCUGCUCUCCAUGAAGAGGAGUCGCCGCCUCCUCUUCCUCCUCAGUCCGGACUUCCUGGUCGAAAAGAGCUUCAGCCUGUUGGAGUGUCGUCUGGGUCUGUACCUUCAACAUGGCCACCAGGCCUCCAUCGUCACUGUGGUCUACCGCUCUGUUAGUAAGCUGCCCUGCGUGGAGGUGGCUCAGCUCCGACAAGCUGCUGACGCCUCCAUUACCUGGCGAGGGAGUCGAUCAGAGGCUCCACGCUCCCGCUUCUGGCUCAGACUGAGGCUGGCGCUGCCCGUCAGACCACUUGCUUUGGGCCGGAGGUUAAUUGAUAGCACGUCCUCUCACUCAGAUCUCGCUGCCCAGGCCGUGCAGAGAGUGCAGAGGACCCAGAACCAGAGCCAGGGGGCCAAUCAGAGCCACAGGAACAGGCGAGACUCAGCCAAUCAGAGCCUCAGAGACAGACAGGCUCCACCCAGAGCAAGGGGCAGAAUGAGGAGGUGGAGCACGUACAGGGAGGAGGCGUUACAGCACAGCAGGAGGUGCUCAGGGUGUGCUGGGUUUGUUGGGCAGGUAGAGAACCGGCGAGCAGAACUAAUAGUGGAGACAGAAAUGCAGGAAGUGUCACAUGACCGGACUGAGAUCCAAUCAGAUCAUGUUCCUGAAACACAACACCCUUUAGCUCCAGACUCCAACCAGGACCCCCAUUCAGUUCCUGACACUGACCCUGAUCCUGAUUCUGACCCCGAUUCUGACCCUGAACCUUCCCCAGUCCCUGACUUUACCCCAAAACUGGACUUUGGCUGCACCCUCCCCACCUGCCUCCAAAACAACCACGGAGCAAAACACAAACAACAACAGCUGGUGAUUGGUUCAAGGACUGAGGGACUAUGA